UAGAUUUGUCCCCAACUACAAAUGUGACACCCAGAAAAACCUCAUAGCCAUCAUUGGAGGACUUGGCUCUGACACGUCUUUCCAUAUGGCAGACAUCUUAGACUUGUACAGCAUUCCACAGGUAGGAAUGUAUUGGAGACAUGGGAAUUUCCAUAGAUAACACUGUUCCUGUGUCAUUUGUCUGCCAUUCCUAUGCUGCAGAUGGAAGCAAAAAAGGUUCAUAUUGAGGGACUCUGAGUUAUUGGGGUUUGGGGUUCCAUUGAUCCCUGAAUACAAUAUCUGAACAACUGUUGAUAAAAAGUGGAAUUGAAGAAACCACUCCCUCUACAAUUCCUGAGGGAUGACAAUUCCUAGAAAUGGUAUACUGUUUCCAUAUCUCUAGAAAGUUUAGCUGAAAUACUCCUAGCAUAAUACUCACAGAACCUACAAACAACUUCAGGAAAUAUUUCAUGGACAAACAAGCACAUUCUCACAUAUAACAGCCCUAACACAUCUCUACCCUAUUUCAUCAUUUAUUUUUAGCUGACAUAUGGUUCAUUUCCUUCAAAGGAGAGAGAUAAAAGACAGGUUACUUCUUUGUACCACAUGGUGCCCAAUGAAACCCAAGAGUACAUGGGGAUUAUCACAUUGUUGAAGCAUUUUGGAUGGACAUGGAUUGGACUCUUUACUGUGAAUGAUAACAGUGGAGAACAUUUCUUACGGAUAAUGGAAUCCUUGUUUUACCAGAAUGGAAUCUGCUCAGCCUUCACACGGCAAAUCCCACACGUACCCCAUUUCAGUACAGUUGGUGAUCUUAUUGACCUAGCCUCAAAUAUUUAUAUACCAUUCACAGAUGAUAAAGCCAGUACAUUUAUCAUCUAUGGAGAAUCUUUGACACUGACGUGGCUGACAGUAAUUAUAGUUAUGUGGGAUCCUAUAAAUAAUGAAAUCAUGUCGUUAAGAAAGGUGUGGAUCUUGACAACCCAGAUUGAUUUUGUAUUAGCAGGCUUUCAAAGAGAAUGGGAUCUCCAAUUCUUUCAAGGCACCAUUGCGUUCUCAAGUCAUUCAAAAGAACUUACAGGGUUCAAGCAUUUUCUUCAGGUUGCAAAGCCUUACUGGACCUCAGGAAAUGGUUUCCUCAAGGAUUUCUGGGAGCAAGCAUUUGACUGUACAUUUCCGACUCUUCAUGAGCCAACCAAAGUAAAUGAAACAUGUACUGGUGAGGAGAGAUUGGAGAGCCUUCCUGAGCCACUGUUUGAAAUGAGUGUGGCUGGCCACAGCUACAGUAUCUACAAUGCUGUCUACAUUGUGGCUCAUGCUUUGCAAGCCAUUUACUCUACUAGAAUGAAGCACCGGAUAAUGUUGCGCUAUAAAAGAUUUGAACUUCAAGACCCACAGCCUUGGCAGGUAAUGUCAUGGAAAAGAAACCUUAUUCCAAUGAACUAAUUUGUGCAAGGCGCUACUACAUAUGGAUAGCCACUCACAACUAACUAAUGUAAUGAUGAUGAUGAUAUUGAUAAUAAUAAUAAUAAUAAUAAUAAUAAUAAUAAUAAUAAUAAUGGAUUUGUGCACUGCCUUCCCAAGAUGAUCUUUUUUUUAAAAAAAAAGCUACAAUGAUUUUUAAAUUAGAAGAAGAAAAGCAGAGUUAAGGCUUAAAAACAACAGAAAAUGAACACCUAGGCAGAGAUCUUUUCAUCAGUCUGGAAAAUCACAUGAAAAAUAAGAAUGCCUUGACUCAUUUCCAGAAAGUACAGAUAAUGGACGCUUGUAACUUAACAAUAAUAUUGUUGUACAGAACACGGGGAGCCCCAAUGAAAGUCCUACUCUGAGUUAUUGUGAGCAUCUGAUAUUUUGGAAUUGUCCUACUCAGAGUAGACCCAGUAAAGUUAACAAACUUAAUUUAGUUAUGUCCAUUAAAUUCAAGAGUUCUACUAUGAGUAGAACUAGUACUGAAUGCCAGCAAUAGUGUUGUAUUUUUCAUUCACAGAUGAAGUUUUCUGAGUAUAUUGGGCCUGGAUUUUUAAUUUUUAUUUUUAGUUUUCAACCAAUGUUUAAAACAUUUUACAUUUGCAGCAUAUAUUUUUCCUUGGUCUUUGCAAAAUAGCUCUUUUUAUGUAUUGAUCUUUGUUGGAUGAAGCUAUUUAAACAAUAUUGGUUAGGGUGGGUUUUUGUAAAUGUUCACUAUGUUAUUAUGCUGUGUCUCUUUCUCUUUCAAUUAGCUCACUCUUUUCUUCAAAGAAUUUAUUUUAAUAACUCAGCUGGAGAAACAGUUUCAUUUAAUGAUAAAAGAGAAAUAGGGGGUGGAUUUGACAUCAUGAAUUUUGUCACAUCCCCAAACAAGUCCUUCCGUCAAGUGAAAGUUGGAUGGGUGGAUCCUGAAGCUCUUGAAGGAAAAGAAUUCAUCAUUCAUGAGGACAUGAUUGUGUGGCACAAUGGUAUUCACCAGGUUUGGAUUCUAGGGUAUUCUUUGGCUUCCCUUCAUUUUCCUGAUGUGUCAUUUGGAUACAUGAAAAUCCCCUUUUCUGUACAAUCAUUUCUGUUUCUACUGGAUAGGACCAUAGAGAAUAUGAAAGGGGACGCAGACAGCACUGUGGUCUGAACCACUGAGCCUCUUGGGCUUGCCAGUUGGAAGGUCAGCAGUUUGAAUCCCCGUGACGGCAUGAGCUCCCGUUGCUCCGUCCCAGCUGCUGCCAACCUAGCAGUUUGAAAGCAUCCCAGUGCAAUAGAUAAAUAGGUGAAAAGGUAAGGAUAAAGGACCCCUGGGAGGUUAAGUCCAGUCAAAAGCAAAUACAGGGUGCGGCACUCAUCCUGAUUCAGGCCAAGGGAGCCAGAGUUUGUCCAAAGACAGCUUUCCAACUCAUUUGGCCAGCAUGACUAAACUGCUACAGGCGCAUGGAGGACCGUGACAAAUGUCAGAGCGCACGGAAACGCUGUUCACCUUCCCACCGCAGCAGUACCUAUUUAUUUACUUGCACUGGUAUGCUUUCGAACUGCUAGGUUGGAAGAAGCUGAGACAAGCAAUGGGAGCUCACCCCAUCACAUGGAUUUGAACUGCCAACUUCCUGAUUAGCAAGCCCAAGAGGCUCUUUGGUUUAGACAACAGCACCACCUGCAUCCCUAGAUAAAUAGGUACCACUGUGAUGGGAAGGUAAGCGGCGCUUCCAUGCGCUCCGAGUGAGAUGACCACUGCACGCCAUAGGCACCUUUGACUGAACUUAACCAUCCAGGGUCCUUUACCUUUACCUUUACCUAGAGAAUCUCACUGCCCUCCACAUCCAAAAUUCAGAUGCAACAUUUUGCUUUGCCAAAACAAUGCUGUAUUUUGGCAGGUGACGUGUUCAUGUUGUGUCUUUCUUAAAUAUGGGAGGUUCUCUGAAAUUCAGAACAAAAUUGUUCUGAUGCCACAAGUUAGCCAUCACAAUUUCUACUGGGUUGUGGUCACCAGAACAAAUGCUUUGAAUGGGAAAAGAAUGUCAAUUCCUUGCAUAUAUCCAGGGCUUGAAGCUACACUUCCUGACAUUGUGUGUGGAGAAUCUCAGUACCAGAGGCUAAUGCAGACCAGAUCUGUUUAGUCCUCAAAUACCUACCAGGUCAUGCCCCCUCUCAUUGGUGAAUGCAUGUGUACUUAGCUGGACCACAAGUUACAAAGGUAAGCGUUACAUUCAUUGUCCAAUUUUGCAGUUAGUAUGAAAGUCCCAUAUUUUUACGUAUGACUGCUGGAAAAAAAUUCCUUACCCCUGAAGAGGAACAGGGCAAUAUCAAGGCUAUAUCUUGAUGAUGAUGAUGAUGAUGAUGAUGAUGAUGAUGAUAAUAAUAAUAAUAAUAAUAAUAAUAAUAAUAAUAAUUUAUUAUUUAUAGCCCGCCCAUCCAGCUGGGUUUUCCCAGCCACUCUGGACAGCUCCCAACAGAUUAAAAGCAGAAUAAAACAUCAAACAUUAAAAACUUCCUAAACAGGGCUGCCUUCAGAUGUCUUCUAAAAGUCAGAUAGUUGCUAAUUUCCUUGACAUCUGAUGGGAGGGCGUUCCACCUGGAAGCACCACCGAGAAGGCGCUCUGCCUGUUUCCCUGUAACCUCACAUCUCGCAGUGAGGAAAUGCCAGAAGGCUCUCAGAGCUGGACCUCAGUGUCCGGUCAGAACGAUGCAGGUGGAGAUGCUCCUUCAGGUAUACUGGACUGAUGCCGUUUAGGGUGCAUUACUGACUUGAGUAUUCAAUUUCUUUGUUUGAACAGCAGAACUUUUUAUAUUGUUAUUUUAAAAAAUCUUCUCUGUUUGUGGACAGGUGGUGCCUAUUUCUGUGUGCAAUGACUACUGUCACCCUGGCAAUCAGAAGAAAAGGAAGGAAGAGGGGAAAUUUUGCUGCUAUGAUUGUGUCCCAUGCCCAGAAGGGAAAAUUUCAAACCAGAGUGGUAUGUUAUAAACAUAAAGAAAGAAUAAAUGUCUGUUAGGCAAUGAAGUUAUUCAUCACCUUUUGAUAUAUUGAUUUUUGCCUAAUUUCAUGGUUGGAGUGCCAGAAUGCACCAAAAAGGAUGUUAUGCAGUUUCCCGUCACUCCCAGUAUUCCAUUUGUUAAUACAACUCUUACAUGCUGUACAUCACUAUAAUAGAUACAUUCUAUUCCAAUACGCUAACCCUUGAACAAAUGGAUUCAAAUUAAUAGGAGCAGUAGCUACCAUGUGAGAGGCAGAGAAAUUCACCAUGAAUCCUAAAUAAAUUGCCACUGGAAUGUGAACUUGUUCUAUUUCCCCCCCCUUUCAGAUAUGGACGACUGUUUCAUGUGCCCAGAAGAUCAGUAUCCAAACAAGAACAAAAACAGAUGUGUUGCCAAAACUCUGAACUUUCUUUCUUAUGAAGAACCAUUAGGGAUCAGCUUAGCCUCAAUUGCUAUUUCUUUUUCUCUAGUCACAACUUUUGUGCUAGCAAUAUUCAUUAAGCAUAGAAACACCCCCAUUGUCAAAGCAAACAACCGGGACCUCACGUACACCCUCCUUAUCUCCCUCCUACUCUGCUUUCUCUCUUCUUUCCUAUUCUUUGGCCAACCUGGCAAAGUGACUUGCUUGUCCGACAACCAACUUUGGCAUCAUCUUCUCAGUGGCCAUUUCUUGUGUGUUGGCCAAAACCAACACUGUGGUUGUAGCUUUCAUGGCCACUGAACCAGGUUCCAGUAUGAGGAAGUGGGUAGGGAAAAGACUGUCUCAUUCCAUUGUCCUUUCUGUUGUGUUAUCCAAGUAAGUAUUUGUAUUGUGUGGUUAGCAACCUCUCCCUCAUUCCCUGAUUUAGACAUGCACUCAGUAACUGAAGAAAUCAUUCUGCAAUGUAAUGAGGGGUCCAUUGCUAUGUUUUAUUGUGGCCUGGGAUACAUGGGUCUCCUGGCUUUUACCAGCUUCAUUGUGGCCUUUAUAGCCCGCAGGCUACCUGAUAGCUUUAAUGAAGCCAAGUUUAUUACUUUCAGCAUGUUGCUAUUUUGCAGUGUUUGGUUGUCCUUUAUCCCAACUUUUCUGAGCACAAAAGGGAAAUACAUGGUGGCUGUGGAGAUCUUCUCCAUCUUGGUCUCCAGUGCUGGGUUAUUGGGUUGCAUCUUUGCCCCUAAAUGCUAUAUCAUUGUUCUGAAGCCAGAACUGAACAGCAGAGAACAACUAAGGAGAAGAAAGAAUUAAAGGAACUCUUGAUUCUCCCACCUUUUGUAUUGUUUGUGUUGUUUCAUAUGAAGGAUACUGAUUUUGGGAAGAGCUUUUGGUUGGUUGUCCAGCCAGAACUUGCCAGAACUCAGUUUGGGCACCUCCCUGGUGGGUGCCAUUGCCAUUGUAAGGAAACAACAGAGGCAUUUAUGGUGUGUUCCAGCACCUCUUUUCUAGAAAAAUAACACUGAAUUUAGGAGAAAAUAGAUUAAUAUUAAUCAGUGAAAUUUAUUUAAAUGGUCUACUUUGGGUGCCUUCAAGCAAAGUGGUUAUUGAGAAUUCGUUCUUCACAAAGCUUGUGGAGAGGUUAUAUAAUGUCCUUUGUUUAUUGAGCAUUCACCCCUAUUUGGUUGGAGAGAGUUUUAUGAUUUACCAGCAAUUAUGACUAGCAAUUAUUAUUCCAUGCGUUUGAAUGUAUUCUCCCCACACACACUCCUUAUUCCAUUUUUUGAAAGUUUGCUUGUUGCACAAGCGCACUUUAAUUCACUUUAAUUUCAAAAAGCUAAAUUUGCCAGUAUGGAAUUUAUUCCCUCCUUCAAAAUAGCAACAGUCUGGAGGGGACUCUGGGCUUUCCAUCAUUUCUUUUGCUGUUCCCAUUCCCUCUCAGCCAGCUUAUGAACUGCUAGGUAAAAACCACAAAGCCUGGCUUCCUGUUUCUGGCGGUGAGAAAUGGCUGACUCCCACACAAUCGGACCCCAGCCGUGGCAGUAAUUCAGGGUUGAUAUGGGGGUAAUUAGCCCUGGCAGACUCCCCAGGGUGGGGGAGGACUGUCUCGUAGACCUGCAGAUUGUCCAGGAUUGUCAGCUUGCAUCAAGGUGCAAGUGUCAGGACGCUGGGUCCCAGAGCACAAAUCAGCUGGCCCUCUCCGAAGUCACUCUCAUAAGCCGGAAAUAUCUGUUUGAUAAAAUAAUUAGAUUUGGACAAUAAACAGACAUAGUCUGGACUGAAGAAGACUGAGAAAAAACCAGAAAACGGCACAUUCCCUGGUGUAUAAGCUCAGACUUCAAAAGAGAUUUUCAUCAUGGUGUUUGGAUGACGGAGGUGAUUGAUAUGUCCUUUUUUCUCUUCUUAAUAUCUACAAUUGUUUUUCUAUGCCAAGGCUCACCAAGAAACCUAUUUUUUGAAAAGUACAGAUGGACUUCUAUUUAUAAUUAAGUACUCAAUUGCGCCGCUUUACUCAGACUUGAAAGACUUGAUAAAGAUAAAAGAAGAAACAAGAUGGCGCUUGUUAAUACGAUGCAGCAUGGAAAAAUGAGAAUUCCUCCCUUUUCGAGGGAAGUGGGAAAUACCUGCUAGCUGAGUUUAUAAUGACUUGAGACAACAAUUUGGAAUAACAGACAGUGCAUCUGUUUGCAGAAUUUCUUCAUUAUGAGCGAGAGAGAGAAGCUAAAUGGAUGUCUAGCAACCCCGCUCUAGGGCCCGGGGGGAUUGUGUGGUUUCUGGGAAGGCUGAUUGAUCGCCAAAUAACUUAUUCUGUGGAAUACAGUUCAUUUACAUUGAAAUAUUGCAAACAGUAUGCUUAACAAUUUGACAAUGGGAAAUCAUUGAGUACAGCAACAAUUUAACAACGUAUAAAUUUCAAACGACUGGCUUGGAUAACAGAUCGGAUUGGAAUGAUUUAACUACUUGGGAGUUGAUGUGUCAUUAAACUUCAAAUGAUAGACUUGGACAACAGCCCGGAUUGGAAUAUUGGAAUAAAAGCACUGGAAAUAGAGAGUUGAAUAUAUAUAUAUAUAUAUAUAUAUAUAUAUAUAUACACAUAUAUAUAUAUACACAUACAUACAUAUAUAUACACAAAUAAAACUGUAUUCGAUGGAUGAAAGGAUAUAUGAUUUCUGACAUGAUUGAGAAUUGCACAGCCAGGGAUGGGGAACCUUAAAGCAAUAAGAUCGGAAUGUGGAAAAUAUGAGAACAACAAGAAGAAGGCAGGCAUGAAGAUAUUGGAGAUAUACUUCAGAGGUCCAGACUAUGGAAACCCGGAAAAUUAAUAAUUUGGACUGCAAUUUGGUUGUUUUUUUUAUCUGAGUUUAUUUUUAAAUGGAUUAUGAUUAUGGAUAUGUUAAUUGGCUGUUUUAUUGGAAACUGAUAAAAAUGAUCUAAAACCAAAACAAAUGACAAAGCCUGGGCUCCAUGAUGGAUUCUGCAAAUUUCCAGUGUAAUAUGUUCAGUGUUCUGUGUCACACCCUCAAGUUUAUCGUUAAUAAAGUUGUGACAGUUUAUGUCUCAUGAGACUCAUUUCCAGGUGUGCUGGCAAUAUGCAUAACUUUUUAAUAAAAGAAUGUUAUUGAUAACAUUGAUAAAGGUUAUUCUAUUUUCCUGUCAGCCACAAUCUCAGUUUGCAUUAAAGGAGCUUGUACUAGAUGACUCUUCAGGUCUCUCCCAACUCUAGAAUUCUAUGUUGUCCAAGAAUGGAAGCCAGCUUCUCAAUUUCCUGCUUUUAAAGCAGUCCGAAUUACAAAAAAGAAUAUGGCUCACUAGAAUAGUUUAAUAAUAUAUAAUAAUAAUAAUACAUAAUAAUAAUAAUAUGAAUAGAUACUCUUUCUGAACAUGACUGAUGGCAUUCCUUAAGAUUAAAAUUUAUUAUUGCCACUCAUUUACUCUCUCUCUGAGAUUUAUUUCUUAGAGGAGAGAUAAGGAAACUUUGCCCUGCACCAUAUUAGCCCCUGCCUACAUGGUCAGUCGUUGGAAUGAUGGAAGCUGUAUUCCAGCAGCACCUAGAACCCCACAGGCUCUCCAUUCUUGGCAAAAAGAAAUUGUAGCUUUAUAUUUCUUUAAUAAAACUGCAGUUGACCAACCUCUUUUUCAUCAAAGCCAAAAGUUUCACUCUCAGUUUUCCUUUGGUGUUUGCUCUCCAUGGAAAAUUGUAUUUGUCACUUUUUCUGCCCCUACGGAGCAGGUGGUUCAAAGUGGGGGCAGCUCAGCAUGUUUGUUAGCAAAACUACUACUUACAGCCUAACGCAAUGAAAACGUAAUUAUCUCACCCAGCAAUUAUCCAAAUCACUAUACUUUGUUCACUUCUCUGAACCCUUCGAGGCUUCCUAGAACUCAGAAAUCAGUCAAUAAGCAAACCUCAAAGUGGUUAUAAAGAAACCCCGUGCUAAUGGGAGCAGGAAACUGGAAUAAGAUGCGUCAAGUGUCACAUGUCGCACUUACACACACACAAACACAUAAACUAUUGAUCAGAUUUAGCAUCACAGUGUUGGCAAUCUUGGCUAAUAAGGUAUACAGCUGUAAGCCUUUGAUUCUCAAAUGCUGAUUGCAAACCAUUCUUCUAAAGCUGUAUUGACAGUGAUAGGAAUUAACCAAUGUAGCCUGUUCAAGUCAUGCAGCUGCUCUGAAUGAAAACAUCACGGGGUGUGUUUAGAGAAAAGUCUGACCACUAGGAUGCUGUGGCUGUUGAUGUUGUCUCUUUUCCCUCUUGCUGUGUGCAAAGUAGAUACUCUUAGGUGUCCCAUGAAUUAUCCAUUCUCUGCUCCACAUCAGUGGUACCAACCAGGUGACCUCAUCAUUGGUGGCAUUGCUUCUCAGGUCUAUUAUGUCUUCUAUGAAGUUUCCUUCAAGGAGCACCCUUCACAGAAUAUGUUUGAUGUUCCAUAGUAAGAGCCUUCCACCUCUUUGCUUCAUUCCAAAUCUCCUUUGCUUUUGUGUCAUGUGUUUUAGAUUGCAAAUCUGAAGAUAGAGAUUGUCUUUGUUAUUUUUUCAGGUGCUGUGGGAGACUUGUACCUGAAGAGAGGCACUAAAAAUGCUUGAAUCAAUACAUCUACCACUCCUCAAGGAGUCAUUUAUAAUUAUUGACAGAAAAUCUUUUGAACUAGCCCCUGGGAUUGGUGAUCCUGAUUUCUUUAUAAAGGAAUGUCCUUCAUUUUGUCUAAAUAAAAAAUUCCUCCCCUUUAGAGAAAUAAAUAAAAAGACUUUUAAAUAUAGAACAGUCAACAGCUUUCAGGAGUAUAGUAGAUUGUCUCCCAAGAUUCCCACUGGGCAACCAAGAGAACUGAGAAGGUCAAGAAAGAGAUUAAUAAUGUGUUUCAUAGUUUUAGGCAUCCCCUGAGAGAGCAUAAUUUUUAUAUGAAGUGCACUGAGUUUAUUAGCUUAGAAACAUCAAUGAAAAUUAAAAUAAUUUCAUGACACUCUAAAUCAAUUUGAGCUAAAAAUUGCAUUGUGGCAUGUUGAUUUCAUAUUCCAAAGUUGUACAUUAAUUAAUUUUGCUUGCAGUGUGUUAACAAAAUUCUACCAGCACAUUCUUGCCUUGGCAUUUGCCGUGAAAGAGAUAAACAAGAACCCCAAAUCUUGUCCUAAUAUCACUCUCGGCUUCCACAUCUAUGAUAGCUACUAUGAUGCCAGAAUGACCUAUCGUACCACUCUUGACCUGCUCUUCAAAUCACAUAGAUUUGUUCCCAACUACAAAUGUGACACCCAGAAAAAUCUCAUAGCCAUCAUUGGGGGACUUAGCGCUGACACCUCCUUCCAUAUGGCUGACACAAUUGGCCUCUACAAGAUUCCACAGGUAGGAUAUCUGAAAAGGUAUCACAAAAUACACUUUUGUCUUACCAUUCUGGGAGUCAUUUUGAACUUUAGAAAAAGGAGGGGUUUUUGAAUGACAUUUAAAUUUGAAUUAUUAUUAUUAUUAUUAUUAUUAUUAGGUUAGGUUGACCUAAGCUCUCACAUGUUUCUUUCACAGGCACUUCAUACCUCAAUUUUUUAAAAGUGCUUGCUCCUUUUUCACUUUCAUCCCAAACUUCCAGGCCGUUUUUUCUUCCUUUUCUGUUAAUGUCCCUUCUUUUUCUUUUUUUAAUGUCUACUCUAGUUAUCUGUCUUUCUCCAUUCAUUCACAUUUUCAAUUUUCCACUUCCCUUUCAUUAAAAAAAAACUUGGGGCAGUUUUUACUGUUUUCUUUUCUUCUUGUUCUUGUUUAUAUUAGAUAUUUUGUACUUUUAUUUGACAUUUUUAUGCUGAGAACACGCCAAGAUCUUCAGAUGAAGGGCAAUAUACUGACUAACUAACUAACAACUAACUAACUAACUGGAUUCAACCCAUCAAUUAUUUAAAUAAAUUGCUUAUUUCUUGAAUAUAUAGGCACCUGCUCCUAACCAAUCUCUAUAAUGUACUUACAUUUUCUUUUAGCUCACAUAUGGUUCGUUUCCCCAAGACAAAAAUUAUGGAAGCCAAGUACCUUCAUUUUACCGCAUGGUGCCCAAUGAAGCCCAUCAGCAUAUGGGGAUGAUCGGUUUGCUUAAGCAUUUUGGAUGGACAUGGGUUGGGCUCUUCACUGUUGAUGAUAAUAGCGGAGAACAUUUCUUGCAGACCCUGGAUCCAUUACUUUCUCAUAAUGGAAUCUGUUUAGCCUUCACACAAAGAAUCCCACAAAUACCCCGUUUUGAUGACUUGGAUGAAUUUCAUGAUACAGUCUUAAAUAUUUAUGUUCAUUUAACAGAUGACAAAGCCAAUGCAUUUAUACUGUACGGAGAAUCUCUGAUAAUUAUAUGGCUCAGAAGUAUUAUAUUUCUAAGAGAUCCUGAAAAUAGGAAAUCUCAUCAUUUAAAAAGGUGUGGAUUAUAACAACUCAGAUUGAUUUCAUAUUAACAGGAUUUCAAAGGAGUUGGGGCCUUCAGAUCUUCCAAGGUGCUAUUUCCUUCACAAUUCAUUCACAAAAUCUCCCACGAUUCCAAGAAUUUCUUCAGGGAAUAAAACUUCACUGGACACAGGGAGAUGGGUUUUUCAAGGACUUCUGGGAGCAAGCAUUUGAUUGUACAUUUCCAAAUCCCAGGGUGCCAAUAGAGGUCAAUGACAUGUGCACUGGGGAGGAGAGCUUGCAGAGUCUUCCGGCGUCUGUAUUUGAAAUGAGCAUGACUGGCCACAGCUACAGUAUCUACAAGGCUGUUUAUGUUGUGGCUCAUGUUUUGCAAGGCAUAUAUUUGACUAAUUUCAAGGAAAGAUCAAUAGGAAACAGUGGAAUAUUAAAAUUUCAAGAUCUGCAGCCUUGGCAGGUAAUGAGUUGCAACUGAAGAGUAGCAAAAUAUCAGACAAUUUCAAUGAACAGAUUAGUAAAAAGUAAAAGGUUGAUCACAAUUGCCAGAAACAAGUAGCCACUGAAAUGUUAUUGCAUGUCUCAUUCACUGAAAAAUAUUUAAUAUCAAACAACUGAUUCAUGCUUGGUCUUUGUUAGAAGAUGCUACUUAAGUAUACGUAAAUUAUAUCCCUAAAAAAUGGUGGCAGAAAAUCAUGGAAUUUUAUCAAAAACUCUGUUGUGUUAUUUUCCUUUCAUGUAUUUUGUCUCUUUCCUUAGCUGCACCAUUUUUUGCAUGACAUUUCAUUUAACAACUCAGCUGGAGAAACAGUAUCAUUUACUGAUAAGAGAGAAAUGCGAGGUGGAUUUGACAUUAUGAACAUGGUCACAUUCUUAAAUAAGUCUUUCAUUCAAUUGAAAAUAGGAUCGGUGAAUCCCUAUGCUCUUGAUGGAAAAGAAUUCAUCAUUAAUGAGGACAUGAUUAUGUGGCACAAAGGUUUCAAACAGGUCUGGCAUCUGGGGUAAUCAUUCUUCAGAUGGGUUAUUCAGGUGUCUCAACAUAACCAUCACUAAUUUCUUUCAUAAACGCAUGGAAAUAAUUUUGGUACCAGCUGGAUGCAAUUAUGAACUUCCCAAACAAAACUAAUCUUUUGUUUUAAUAGUGUUUACUAUGCCACAUUUAUAAUGCUUACAUUAUAUAGAUAAAAAAACUGAGGCGAAAAUAGGUGAUAUCCCUUUUAAAUGGUAAGUGGGCAUAGAACUUUUAAAGGGCACGUUUUAAUAUCUAGGUAGUGGUGUAACUUUCCAUUGGUUUGACUUCACCCGAAGGUCCACUCUUCCAUUGUCUCCUGUGACAGAUUAGUGCUGAAAAAACCCUAACCAUUUCUGUAUUCCUAAAGUGUUAUUACCACUCACCCAGUCUGGCUUAGAAAAGUGACUUGGGCUAUGUUGUUGAUGUGUGCCAGCAUUGGAGAAGCACUGCCAUAUAAUGUAGAUUGUCUAUCAUUUGCCGGCGGCCCCCCAUCCUUCUUCUUCACCAUAUACAAUUUUAGGUAAAGUGAUCACCAUUGUUUAGGCCAAGUAGGUUUUCUCUCCUAUGAUUGUCUUGAUGGUUUGGGUGGGGGACGGAUUUUCCAACUUCACUGGAAACCGUAUAAGCAAUAAUGGGUAGGUGCAGUUAGUGGAGGCAGUCUGCUAAGUGCUUGUCGGAUGAAUUCUAGUUCCAGAGACUUUUCCGAAGACUCUGUGACCUGUGAGGAUGACUUUUACAUUAACUCGUGUCAUUAGCUUGUUGGUGUUGGCCUCAAAGCGUGUGUGAAUAAUUAAUUGUGGUUGUUUAGUCGUUUAGUCGUGUCUGACUCUUCGUGACUCCAUGGACCGGAGGAUGCCAGUCACUCCUGUCUUCCACUGCCUCCAGCAGCUUGGUCAGACUCAUGUUGGUAGCUUCGAAAACACUGUCCGACCAUCUUGUCCGCUGUCGUCCCCUUCUCCUUGUGUCCUCCAUCUUUCCCAACAUCAAGGUCUUUUCCAGGGAGUCUUCUCUUCUCAUAAGGUGGAGAAGUAUUGGACCCUCAGCUUCAGGAUCUCUCCUUCCAGUGAGCACUCAGGGCUGAUUUCCUUACAAAUGGAUAGGUUAGUUCUUCUUACAGUCCAUGAGACUCUCAAGAGUCUCUUCCAGCACCAUAAUUCAAAAGCAUUCAUGGGACUGAAACUGCCUUGGUCGCACUGGUUGAUGAUCUCCGGCGGGCUAGGGACAAAGGUGAGAGCUGUUUCCUAGUUCUGCUGGAUCUCUCAGCGGCGUUUGAUACCAUCGACCAUAACAUCCUUCUGGACCGUCUUGAGGGGCUGGGAGCUGGGGGCACUGUCAUACAGUGGUUCCACUCCUUCCUCCUGGGCCAUGUUCAGAAAGUGGUGGUGGGGGAUGAGUGUUCAGACCCCUGGGCUCUCACUUGUGGGGUGCCUCAGGGUUCUGUCCUCUCCCCCAUGCUUUUCAACAUUUACAUGCAGCCGCUGGGAGAGAUCAUCAGGAAGUUUGGACUGGGUGUCCAUCAAUAUGCAGAUGAUACCCAGCUCUACCUCUCUUUUAAAUCAGAACCAGUGAAGGCGGUGAAGGUCCUAUGUGAGUGUCUGGAGGCGGUUGGAGGAUGGAUGGCGGCUAACAGAUUGAGGUUGAAUCCUGACAAGACAGAAGUACUGUUUUUGGGGGACAGGAGGCAGGCUGGUGUGGAGGAUUCCCUGGUCCUGAAUGGCGUAACUGUGCCCCUGAAGGACCAGGUGCACAGCCUGGGAGUCAUUAUGGACUCACAGCUGUCCAUGGAGGCACAGGUGAAAUCUGUGUCCAGGGCAGCUGUUUACCAGCUCCAUUUGGUACGUAGGCUGAGACCCUAUCUGCCUGCGGACUGUCUCGCCAGAGUGGUGCAUGCUCUGGUUAUCUCCCGCUUGGACUACUGCAAUGCACUCUACGUGGGGCUACCUUUGAAGGUGACUCGGAAACUACAACUAAUCCAGAAUGCGGCAGCUAGACUGGUGACUGGGGGCGGUCGCCGAGAUCAUAUAACACCGGUCUUGAAAGACCUACAUUGGUUCCCAGUACGUUUCCGAGCACAAUUCAAAGUGUUGGUGCUGACCUUUAAAGCCCUAAACGGCCUCGGUCAAGUAUACCUGAAGGAGCGUCUCCACCCCCAUCGUUCUGCCCGGACGCUGAGGUCCAGCGCCGAGGGCCUUCUGGCAGUUCCCUCAUUGCGAGAAGCAAAGCUACAGGGAACCAGGCAGAGGGCCUUCUCGGUAGUGGCGCCCGCCCUGUGGAACACCCUUCCAGCAGAUGUCAAAGCGAUAAGCAACUACCUGACAUUCAGAAGACAUCUUAAGGCAGCCCUGUUCAGGGAAGUUUUUAACGUGUGAUAUUUUACUGUAUUUUUGGUUUCUAUGGAAGCCGCCCAGAGUGGCUGGGGAGGCCCAGCCAGAUGGGCAGGGUAUAAAUAAUAAAUUAUUAUUAUUAUUAUUAUUAUUAUUAUUAUUAUUUGGUGACCAGCCUUCUUAUGGUCCAGCUCUCACUUCCAUACAUCACUACUGGGAAAACCAUAGCUUUAACUAUACAGACCUUUGUUGGCAAGGUGUUGUCCCUGCUUUAUAAGAUGCUGUCUAGGUAUGUCAUUGCUUUUCUCCCAAGAAGCAGAUGUCUUUCAAUUUCCUGAAUCAUGAAUACCUCACCCUAUCAUGACAGGCUUAGGAGCUUAUGAAAGUUUUAAAUAUUUCCCACACAUGGUCUUUUCUCUAGGCAAUUUUCUCUGUGCCAAAACUCUUCCUGGGUCUAAUGAAUAUACAGUUAGAAAAUGACUAUGGAACUUUGCUACAAUAUAGGAUUAUGGCUGCAAAACUUUUAUAUGGACGGAGAUGGAAGGAUCCAUUAUUCUAACAAUGGAAUAGCUGUUAAAACUAUUGGACCAAGCUGAGAUGGCAAAAUUGACAUGUUUAUUCAGAGAAAAGUCAUCCUUAACAUUUGUUAAAGACUGGAAACCUCUCAUAGACAUUUUGCGUGAAAAAGAAAAAGAAACAAUAACACUUUGAUUUGAGGUCAACGCUGCUGCCUGAACUGAGAGCAGAGAGACAGAAGAGGUCUAAAGACAGAACUGUGAACUGCUUACCUGACCAACGGUGCCUGGAGAAGGAGGGUAAGGAGAGACACGACUGUGAGCUUUGCUUUGAGAUUGGCCCACAGACACCCAGCUCUGCUGAACACAGAGAAAGAUAAAGCUUGGAGAUUCGGGGGUUAACUGAAUUGACUGACCCCCGCCCAGCUGGGGGGCUGUGUGAACUAGCUGGGGACAACAUUCCUGCUUAGUUGAAGAGGUAGUGCUGUAGCUGGAAAGACUCUUCAUUUUAAUAAACUUGUUCGAGGAGACCAGCUUUUAUAUUCUUAGAGACUCCUGGCGAAGGCACCCUCAGUUUUUUACAGGAACUUUUUAAUCUACACAAUAACUCCACAACAGGGUAUCGGAUAGGACCCUCUGGAGGUUUGGAAAACCGGCUUCAGCAAGAUAUCGUUCUGUGCCCUGCCUUAUGUGGUAGGCCUUUGAAAGACUACCUAGAAGGAACCAGCGAACCAGCCCACAGAAAGUUUCCCUUCUGGGGCUCUUGGAUAUCCUUCGUUCAGUAUAGGGCGGUGGAAGAUGGCCUCUAAAGACUAAGCUAAGACCCGAAAUACAAGGUUAUCAUAGCUGUACAUGCGCUAUAGCCAAACUCCACUAUUAUCCUUUUCCAGCUGCAUAUAAAUUGCCUAAAUAAGGCAAUUUUAAUUUUAAUGUAGUUUUUAGCCGGUUUAUUACUGCUGUCUCUCUGGCAGCAUUGUUUUAUUAUUAUAUUCUGACUAGGUUGCAGCAUUUGUGAAAUAGCGCUGGUCGCAUGAUUGAGGUGAAAACUACAGGCUUAGGACAAUUGCCAAGAUCUAAAAGCAGAGAACUCAAAAUAGAGAAAUAUAUCGAGGCUGUUGAUGAGCACAUCAGGAAGCUGUUACAGAGAGCAGGUGGGAAUAUAGAUUGAUACCCCCACUUGCCCCCCAAUCUAAGGCAGCCGCACCUGGGGUAAACUGCCCUCUCUCUAUAUCAAGACCACUUUUACCAUGGUUUUUACUAGAAGAAAAUACAAGGAGUUGGAUAUACUGCCUGACUUGGCAAUCAGCCCCUCGGGCCCUGGUAAAAGACAAAGCAAAAUCACAAAUUACUUUCCUAAGAUGGAGGAGGGUAAGAGUCCACAAAAAGAGUUAAUUCUUGAUGAAGUAAUACCCCCCUCUCUUACUGCUCUUGAUUGGACGUCUAAUUUUAAAGAGAUAUACCAAGAUUCUGGAAAUAUUAACUCCCCAUGCAGCCUAGCGCAAGAACUAGCUUUAGCCGAGGAACUUCAGGAGGGAAAUACCUCUAUUACCAAGGAACAGCUGCCCACGGAAGAAAUUACAUCAACCCAUCAAAACCAGAUACCUACUCCAAAAUACUCUCAAACAGAAUUGAGUGAUGGUCGCCCUUUGGAUUAUUCCCUAGCAAUAAGUUCUGAUUUAGCCAACAUAAAAAAUUAUCUAACAAUAACAAACGGGCUACUGCUGACGUUAGUAGAAAAUUUCACAUCUCAAUUAAAAGAGUUAAAAUUAAAUGAUAUGCCACAAGAACAUAAAACAGUUGAGCUAGCGUCGAUGAACAAACCAGUAAUAAAUAAGAAUCUGCAAAGACAUAACUCAAGGGUAAAAGUGAAGAAAAGUAAAAAUAUUAAAACAACAAGGAUAGCCAAGCAUACCCGCAGUAAUCGAAACAUACAUUGGCAGAAAUUGUUUAAACUUCUUCCCCCAGCCCCAAAUAAAUCGAUCACACGGGGCAGCAAAAAGAAGGGUAAAAGAGAGAAACAAAGGUAGUUACACAGCAACCGGCUAAGGAGGACUCGCCAAGGCUGACUCCAGUAGCAAGUGAGAAGGCAGAAGUAACAACUCAGUCCUUGGAUAACCAACUUUUUAAUAAACCUGAUGCUGCGGAAGUAGAGGCCUCUUCCUAUGAAGGCAAUAAAACAUUUAGCAAAUCGAACAGCGGGGAAGAGGAAGCGUUUAGCAGAGAUGAUACCCCCCUUCAGACCUGGCAAGCCUCCAGUCAGGAAAGAGAUUGGAAUUUGAUCCUAAAUCCCCAAAAACUGGUAUUCACGAACUUCCCGAAGCCUAAGGGCUUCCUUACAGGGAAACAGCGAAUAAUGAACUUUGUAUCUAGUCUAAAUGACAUACUGCCAGGAAUGGUUAAUGCUAAUGAUAUCACCUCGGUGGAAUAUUUACAUUAUGAUGGUCACUCAGUGAGAGCACUGACCACUUUUAGGGAUCAGAACCUGGCCAAGUAUAUUUUUAGGUCAAGACCUGCCUUUUUAAAAGCACGGACAAUAAUACUUAGGUUCUUUGAAAAUAAGGCUCCUUUGAGCCCCUUUUGAAAACUAAGCAGGCAAAUCUUAGAAAGGGGAAACAACUCUCAAAAUCCUGGCCUGACAAACAGAACCCGCAAUGCCUUGCAAGUAAAGGUGAGGAUUUCUUUACUAUGGAAGAAAAUAUCCUAAUUGACCAAUUCUGGAGGUUCCCACCAUUAAUACAAACUGACAUCUUGGGAAGACUAGAUAAGCUAAGAGAUAAGCUGGCCGAGAGAGCUUCAGGCAACGAGGUUAUCAAGGGGGACCAAAAAAAGACCACAACACGUAACCUUCAGAUUAAAGCGGAGAUUAACUUUCCACCAAGAGAGAAUGUGCCACCCUUCAAGGAGAGUACUCCAUCACCCCCGAAGAGAAAUAUCCCCAAGGUGACCCCACAAGACGUAUGGGACAAAAUGAGAUACCUAGAUGAAACAGAAUUGGGCCAAAAUCAGGCCAAAACAGACUAUCCACAGAAGGAAUUUAUGCAUAAUAAAGAUCUGGUGUUCACAAACGUGAGCACUUUGCAUCCACCUAUUGAAAUCAUAGAGCGGCUGGAUAGCCCGCCAUUUAAAGACGAUAGGCGCCCGAUACAUAAAGCGACAAACCCUAAAAGUACGUUAGCUAAUAAUUGACAAAGAUUUGAUUGUGAUAAAGCCAAUCUUAAAUUUUUAUCAUGGAACAUUGCUGGUUGGCUCAACAAGGCGACUGACCAAUCAUUUGUCAAUUUUAUUCAAGAUCAUGAUAUAGUCUUCUUGCAAGAGACAUGGCUAACAGGGGAUCUAGAUGUAAAUGGUUUUGCCUCAUUUUCGCUCGCAGGCUCACCAAGCAACAAAGGGGGACGAGUUAAGGGUGGGCUAGGCAUUUUAAUAUCCACAAGGUUGAGAGCAUCUUUCGUCGAGCUGGAGCCUCUGAGCAGUGUGGCCAUGGCAUUAUUGAUGAAAUGCAGAUAUUGCACAUUCCUAUUGAUUAAUAUAUAUGCCCCUCCCCAAAGAGGCAAGCAGCUUAUCAAAAAUCUCUGGCAUAGGAUAGAAUCUUAUGUCGAUGAGCUAAUGAAUCAAACUCCUGCUGCGGCAGUGCUGCUGGCUGGGGAUUUAAAUGCCAGAAUUGGCCAAUCAGACGAAGCGUUAUAUGCUCAUUUUCACGACGUACCUCCCAUUUCUGAAGAAGCCCAUUCUAUUCCCCCAAGGCUCUCAAAAGACAAGGGCUGCAAUUACGCAGGCCUAUGUCUUCUACGUUUUUCCAACAAUCUGGAUUUGACUGUAUUAAAUGGUCGUGUCGACAGAGAACCCAGUGGGAAUUUACAUUUAUAUCCAACAUGGGAGCCUCCACUAUCGAUUACGUCCUGGUGUCAUCUAACCUUUUGAGCAGAGCACGGGAAUGUAAAGUGGUGGAGAGGGUUGACAGCGACCAUCUACCGUUCUGUUUAAUACUGGAUGUAAGAAAAGAUUUAUUUUGCUCUGAUAAACUUGUAGCCCCAUGCUUCGAAAACAUGGAGCUAAGAUACUCACGUAUUAAAUGGUCCAGCAAAUUGAGUGAUGAAAUAUCGGAAAGACUUCACUCAGAUAUUUUUCUUGCUAGAAAGGAGAACCUCGUUAAUUCCCCAACUCCUGAGGCCAGAUUGGACAUGUUCCGGGAACUGAUUUCGUCGCUACAACCUUAUCUGACCAACAAAAAAAACGCCACGGCAAUCUCUACACUUUAAUAAAUCCAAACCUUGGUUUGACCAAGAAUGCAUGGCCAUGAAACGCCUCCUGCUGGAUAAGUACAGGAACUAUAGAACAGCGAACUUACCUUCGCUUCCAUUAGACUGGUUUGAGUCAAAACGCAGUUAUAAAGCUUUGAUUAGCAAGAAAAAGCUCCAGGCACAAAGGAGGAAUGGCAGUGCCUAGUGGAGGCCUCCCAAAGGAAAGAUUCUGCCACGUUUUGGAAAAUAAUUGCAAAAGCUGGAGAGACUCCCCGAUUGAAAUCGAAUACUCUAUACCCGCUGGAGCAUGGGAGGCCUAUUUCCUCUCAUUAUAUUCAUCAAAUCAACUGGCCCCAGCUCUGCUUCCUGCUUCAAGUGAAUUUGGUAAGGAAUGGCCCCCUGUAACCAUAGAAGAAAUUACUGGACUUAUUCAAGCUCUUAAAUCAGGGAAAGCCCCGGGUGCUGAUUGCAGAUGACACCAAAUUGGGAGGGGUGGCUAACACCCCAGAGGACAGGAUCACACUUCAAAACGACCUUGACAGAUUAGAGAACUGGGCCAAAACAAACAAGAUGAAUUUUAACAGGGAGAAAUGUAAAGUAUUGCACUUGGGCAAAAAAAAAUGAGAGGCACAAAUACAAGAUGGGGGACACCUGGCUUGAGAGCAGUACAUGUGAAAAGGAUCUAGGAGUCUUGGUUGACCACAAACUUCACAUGAGCCAACAGUGUGACGCGGCAGCUAAAAAAGCCAAUGCAAUUCUGGGCUGCAUCAAUAGGAGUAUAGCAUCUAGAUCAAGGGAAGUAAUAGUGCCACUGUAUUCUGCUCUGGUCAGACCUCACCUGGAGUACUGUGUCCAGUUCUGGGCACCACACUUCAAGAAGGACAUUGACAAACUGGAACGUGUCCAGAGGAGGGCAACCAAAAUGGUCAAAGGCCUGGAAACGAUGCCUUAUGAGGAACGGCUAAGAGAGCUGGGCAUGUUUAGCCUGGAGAAGAGGAGGUUAAGGGUGAUAUGAUAGCCAUGUUCAAAUAUAUAAAAGGAUGUCAUAUAGAGGAGGGAGAAAGGUUGUUUUCUGCUGCUCCAGAGAAGCGGACACGGAGCAAUGGAUCCAAACUACAAGAAAGAAGAUUCCACCUAAACAUUAGGAAGAACUUCCUGACAGUAAGAGCUGUUCGACAGUGGAAUUUGCUGCCAAGGAGUGUGGUGGAGUCUCCUUCUUUGGAGGUCUUUAAGCAGAGGCUUGACAACCAUAUGUCAGGAGUGCUCUGAUGGUGUUUCCUGCUUGGCAGGGGGUUGGACUCGAUGGCCCUUGUGGUCUCUUCCAACUCUAUGAUUCUAUGAUUCUAUGAUUCUAUGAUUCUAUGCUGACAAUAUCCCUCCAGAAAUUCUUAAGGCAAAUGUCGAAUGGUGGGCCCCUGUGCUAGCCGCCUUGUUCACUAGUAUAAAUCAAGCGGCUAUUAUCCCCGAGGACUGGGGUUUAGCCAUCAUCAUUCCAAUAUUUAAGAAAGGAAACAGAACUGAGCCAGCUAACUAUAGACCAAUCAGUCUAUUAAGUAUUAUUAGCAAACUGUAUGCUGCUCAUUUAUGUGAUAAAUUAGUGGAGUGGAUGGAAAGAGAGCAUAUUCUAUCAGAAGCUCAAGCUGGUUUUAGAGCAAAGCGUUCAACUAUAGACCAGGCCCUUACCCUUCAACACCUGGCAGACAAAUACUCUAGAAAAGGGGGGUCUUUAUAUGCAGCAUUCGUGGAUUUUAAAUCGGCGUUUGAUCUAAUACCAAGGGAUAGACUCUGGGAAAAGCUUGGCGCUACAAACAUAGAUAAACGCUUAUUACGCCUUAUCCGUGGUCUAUACGAAAACACCAGGGUGAGGGUAAGAUGCGAUCGGUCAGGCCAUCUAACUAAAGAAAUUCAAACGCACUAUGGGGUUAAACAAGGAUGUGUCCUCGCGCCAACGCUAUUUAAUUUCUAUAUCAACUCUCUAGCAGUAAAUAUGGCGAAAGAAAAUGCCCACCCUCCCAAACUGGCAGGUAUUCCCAUCCCGGUGCUUCUGUAUGCGGACGACGCAGUCCUACUCUCCUUUUCCUGCAUUGGCCUGAGGAAGCUUUUGAGAUCACUUGCUGACUAUUGUCAAGCGGAACAACUAUCAAUAAAUCACAGCAAAUCUAAAAUUAUGGUGUUUUCAAAAAAAAGAAGGAAACACAAAUGGAGAAUUAAUGGUCAACCUAUUGACCAGGUAGCAACUUUCAAAUACCUGGGAGUAACUUUUCAGGAAAGGGUCUCGUGGCAUCAACAGAUGAACAACGCCAUUGCCCACGCAGGAAGGGCUCAUCAAGCCCUUACAAGAUUUUUUCACGGGAAAGGGGUAAAUACGUUCCGGCGGCCUCCCAGGUUUUGCAGCAAAAAUACUUCCACAACUUACUUAUGGAUCCCAGGUUUGCAGUUUUAAAAAUUUUGCGCCUAUGGAGGCAUUUCAAACAAAAUUCUAUCGGUGUUUAUUGGGGAUCCCCCCCUGUGUAUCUAAUAUAGCUGUCCGCUUAGAAGUUGGACAACCACCCGUUAAUGCGCGGCUGUGGAUUCUAAAGAUACACUACUGGUUAAAACUUAUUUUUCCCCGGCCGGUUUGGCUCCUUUAACACUCUUAGACACCUUUCAUUCCACCUGGAAAGCUUCCCUGUUUGAAAAGAUAAGAAGCCUGGGAUUCUCCCGCAGAUCUUGAUAGCGGCAGGAUAUGAGAGAGCCAGAAGUCAAGUGCUCCAACGCAUUAGGGACAUAGAGCUGCAAUGUCAUAUGGGCAAAAUGGAUAAACAUGCCAUAAUUAGAGACUUUGGGAGAGGGUUCUCACCCGCAAAUUAUUUGGCUGAUUUACAAAUACCUAAGUACAGACACUCCUUUACCCUGGCCAGAUUUAACGUUCUGCCCUCUGCCCUGCUGCUAGGCAGAUAUGAGGGCAAACCAUAUGAGUCACGUGUUUGCCCGUGUGGCUCAUCGGAAGUGGAAACAAGUCUGCAUGUAUUGCUGCACUGUAGUUACUAUGAGGAUCUACGUUUGACCUUUAUUGCCCCAGUUCUACAAAAGCUUAAAAAUGAACCAGAACUCCAACGUAUGAGAGCCUUGGUAGAAGACAAGGUUUCUGAAAUUACGAUCAAUGUGGCCAAAUUUUGUGUAGCCGCUAUUAGGCGCAGGAAACAAGAGCUUUCCAAUGGCAUUACGCAGGCGAAGGCAAAUACUUAAUUUUUAUUUAUGCUGUCUAAUUUUAAAUUGCAGUUAUGUAUUGAAAUUGUCCUUUGUUUUUUCCGGUGUUAUGCUUAGCUGACUAGCUGUACGAGUUAAUCUGGUCUGUGACCGUUUAAUAAAUUUGAUUUGAUUUGAUUUGAGGUCCGAAGAUAAUGUUUGUGUAUAGAAAGUGACAUUCUAGCUGUUAUAUUGGAGUGGAUAAAGUGAAUAUUGUUUAUUUAUCGUGAACAGAGGAAGAACCAGAAGUCAGUUACAUUCUGAAUUUUAUUUCUCUCUCUCUUUUAACCUCUUUUCUAUUUCAUUUUCUUUGUUUCUCUCUUUCUCUUUCUUUAUCCCUUUCUUCCUCCCACACCUCUUUAUGUUUUUAUUGUAUUCAGAUCAAAGUCUUAGUUUGGACCCAAAAAAAAGAGGGAAAAUAUUUGAUAUUAAGUUUUGUAUUUUUAUCUAUAAACCCUCAUAAAGUUUAUUUAAAAACCCCUCUCCAAAAAAUAAGAUAAUUUCCUGUUGACAGGUGGUGCCUAUUUCUGUGUGCAAUGACUACUGUCACCCCGGUAAUCGGAAGAAAAGGAAGGAAGGGCAGAAAUUUUGCUGCUACGAUUGUGUUCCAUGUCCAGAAGGGAAGAUUUCAAACCAGAAUGGUAAAUGACAUUUUUCAUCAUACAAGACUAGUAAUGAUUAAUGAGUCAUAUUGACUGAAAAGAACUUACAUACUAUGUUGUGCAUGUAGCCACUAUCCUCCUUAGAGUGGCAUGAACAUUUUUUCUGAUGCCUUCCAGUAACUUCUUAUAAAAACUUUCAAAAAUGAAUAUUAAUUAAAAUGUUUUUAAAAAUGCUACAAUAUGUUCAGCUCAAAAGGUAAUUCAGAUAAUAUUACAUGACCACCAAUUUCCUUAAUUUCAGAAGAUUGAGAUAAACAGGUGCAGGGGCUGGACUUAAGGGAACAAGAUUGAGGGAAAUGGUGGAGGUUGCCCUCCCUUCUCCUGAAGCUUCCAGUGGAGAGGAAGGCAGUACAGUGGUACCUCAGGUUACAGACACUUCAGGUUACAGAUGCUUCCGGUUACAGACUCCACUAACCCAGAAAUAGUACCUCUAGUUAAGAACUUUGCCUCAGGAUGAAAACAGAAAUCAUGCAGUGUCAGUGCAGCAGCAGCAGGAAGCCCCAUUAGCUAAAGUUAAGAACAGUUUCAGGUUAAGAAUGGACCUCCAGAACGAAUUAAGUUCUUAACCCGAGGUACCACUGUAUUGAAUAACACUUGUUGGUUUAGGAAUGUCACAGCUCAGAGAGAGAUGAACAGAAGACUUGGGAGGUGAGACGGAGCAGCCAGCUGACACGUCAUCACUGGAGAGCAUUUCUGCCCCUCUUCUCCAAGAACUCAGCGUUCAUUGAGUGUGCAAGAGCAAAGGACUCCGAGACAGCUCCUGGCAGCCACCAUCAGGGGAAGUGCUGUUGCUAGGAAGGGAGGCAGGAGGAGCUCAUUUGGAGCAACAUCAUUAAUCGGGAGGCAGACUGAUUCCUUUGUCUCAUGCUGUGAUGAUUUAACAAACUCAUUAAUAAGAACUCUUUCUUGUUUUUCUCUGCUCCUUGUGGCCACCGGGGGAGGGAAAGAAUUACCCGGAGUCUGACAAGAGGAAUGAUAACUUAGAUUUAAGAGGCAAAGAACACUCGUGAAUUGCAAUUGGAGUUUGGCCUUAUGCUAUUUUUUCAGAUAUGGACGACUGCUUCAGAUGCCCAACAGAUCAGUAUGCAAACAAGAACAAAAAUGGAUGCAUUCCCAAGUUAAUAACCUUUCUUUCCUAUAAGGAACCUUUAGGGAUUGGCUUAACAUCAGUUGCCGUUCUUUGUUCCCUAAUUACAAUUUUGGUGCUGGGAACUUUUAUUAAACACAAAGACACUCCCAUUGUCAAAGCCAACAACAGGGAUCUCACCUAUGCUCUCCUCAUUGCCCUCCUACUCUGCUUCCUCUCAUCCUUUCUCUUCAUUGGACACCCUGGCAAAAUGACCUGCCUUCUUCGACAACCCACUUUUGGCAUCAUCUUCUCCGUGGCUGUUUCUUGUGUGUUGGCCAAAACCAUCACUGUAGUUGCAGCUUUCAUGGCCACCAAGCCUGGGUCCACUAUGAGGAAGUGGGUGGGAAAAAGACUGAGCAACUCCAUUGUCCUUUCCGGCUCACUCAUUCAAGUGAGUAUUUGUACUGGGUGGUUGAUGACCUCUCCCCCAUUCCCCGAUCUAGACAUGGACUCUGUAGCAGAAGAAACCAUUGUGCAAUGUAAUGAAGGCUCAGUGACCAUGUUUUACUGUGUCCUGGGCUACAUGGGCCUCCUGGCCAUUGCCAGCUUCACUGUGGCAUUUGCAGCUCGCAAAUUACCUGACAGUUUUAAUGAAGCCAAGUUCAUUACCUUCAGCAUGUUGCUGUUCUGCAGUGUUUGGCUUUCUUUUGUUCCAACCUAUCUGAGCACCAAAGGAAAAUCCAUGGUGCUGGUGGAGAUCUUCUCCAUCUUGUCCUCCAGUGCUGGAUUGUUGGGCUGCAUCUUUGCCCCCAAAUGCUACAUCAUUGUUCUGAAGCCUGAGCUGAACAACAGGGAGCAACUUAUAAGGAGAAAAAUGUAAAUAUUUCUCCUAAGUAUUGCAUCAUAGUUCUUUAUUCUAUUAAGGAGUUUAGUAUAAAGUUGUUACUAUAAGUACCUCUGGUCUCUAACUCUUUUGUGGGAAAAGUACCAGCAUGUACUAAAAAGUUCAGAUUUGUGAAAUUAAAGUGGAUUAAAUGUUAUGUCAUCCUAGCACAAGCAUAGGGGACCGCUGGCUGGUGGGCCAAAUUUGAUCUAGGAAUGACCAUUCCUGACAAUCCACACUCAUCUAUCCCUCAUCUGACUAUACAAUUGACAGUAAGUGUGGCAAAGGUACCAAUUAUUUCAGAGGGACAAUCCAGAGCUUUAAGUGAGUUCCUGAUCGUUCAUUUGCCAUAAGAAGCAGCAACUGCUAGAAAGAUGGAUGCAAAGGCUCAAUUCUGCAGUGGAAGACACUAUCUGCUCCAAGACGAUGCAUCUGUGGAAAUGUGCCUUCAAAUAGUCUCAUUGCCAGGCAUUGCGACACCAAGUGAUUGAAAGUUGAAGCCCUCCAGAUGCUGAGAAACUACAACUCCCUUUAUCCCAAGCAGGUCUGGCUAGUGGCUAGGGGUGACGGGAGUUAUAGGUCAGCAAAAUUUGGAAACGCCAAAUGUUCCCCACCACCUGCUUUAUAUAACAAGUAAAUGAUAUUUAGAUGAAAACACUUGAAUUUAUUUUAACAUUAUUGUUUAAUUUAUUGUUCAGUGUUCUAUGUCACACCCUCAAGUUUAUUGUUAAUAAAGUUUUGACAGUUUUUGUGUCAUGAAACUCAUUUCCAGGUGUGCUGGCAAUAUGCGUAAAUUUUUAUUUUAAAAAAAUGUUAUUGAUAAAGCCACUUCCGGCCUGCCCAGGAGGUGGGGUUGCGGGCUUCACGCCCACCCCCCACAUGAGCGGGGGCUGGUUUCAGCCCCCGCGAGAGCAGGGGAAUCCCGGCCGUGUCUGCCCUAUUUAGGGCCGGCGCAGAGGGGGCUCGCCCUCUUUUCGCCGGCUAGCCCCCAUGUUUUCCCACCCUCCCUCCCUUUAGGUAGUUCUCUGACUUUGCUAUGGACUUCGGUCUGUCGCCGCAUGGGGCAUGGUAGGAAUUUUUCCCAAUUGGCAAUUUACAGCCAUUUGGUUUCUUGCCUACCUCGUAGCAACUCGUCACAACUCUUCGGCAUUGGCGGUAGGCAUUGGUAAGAAGGGGUUAAGAGGAUGUGGGGGGGAGGAACGCCAUCACCUCCCCCCAGUGAGCGAAGGGUGGUCCGUUAAAGGCCCUGUCCAAAGCCUAUGGAGGUGUGGGCCAAAGGCACGCCCCCGAGCGGUGACCCAGGGGAGCUCCUAGUCGACAUGCCUUGGCAGGAGACUCCCCCGAUAUAGUGUUAACCCUCCCCCGUGUCUCCAGCAAAUGGGCUGGAGCCGGAUAGUCAUUAGAACCAAUGCCUAAGCCAAUGCCUCUCAUUCCUGAAUUCAAUAAAGUUGUGGCCUAAUUCGCCCAGUUAACCUUAAACUAUGGUGUCUCGUGUCUUUAUUUAUCCUGGUGGGGGGCGGGAACUCGCCACGCAACAUUGAUAAAGGUUAUCCUAUUUUCCUGUCAGCCACAAUCUCAGUUUGCAUUAAAGGAGCUUGUACUAGAUGACUCUUGAGGUCUCUUCCAACUCUAGAAUUCUGUGAUGCCCAAGAAUGGAAGGCAGCUUCUCCAUUCCCUGCUUUUAAAGGGGUGCAAAUCAAAGAAAUGGAGACCAGGUGUUUUCUCCUCAAAACAUAUUCUCCAUAGCAGGUCAUAUUGGUUUGUCGGUUGACAGGCAAAGUGGUCAAACUUGUGGUUUCCUCUAUAGGUCCCCUCCGGCCACCUUCCCACAGCUGAACUGCCAAACACAUUUUAAUUACCACUGUGGGGAAUUAGGUAGGAUAUGCAUUUUAAAUGAUGGAUGCAGAUUUAGUUUACAGAUUAAAGAGAUUUACUAUUCAUUCAUAUAUAUUUAUACCACACUCUUCCUCCCAGAGCAGCAAAUAAGCAAGAACAACAUCUUGAAAACACUUCUGGGCAAUUGUAAACUGAUUCUAUUAAUUUAUAGAUGCCAUACAUAGAGAUGCCCCUUCAUUGAUCACUGCCUUGCCGUGGCGAAGGGGCUUGAAUAACUCAGAGAAGCUAUGAGCUAUGCCAUGCAGGGCCACCCAAGAUAGACAGGUCAUAGUGGAGAGUUUUGACCAAACGUGAUCCACCUGGAGCAGAAACCGGCAAGCCACUCCAGUAUCCCUGCCAAGAAAACUCCAUGGACAAAGACAACAGGCAUAUAAAAGUUAUGACACUGGAAGAUGAGCCCCUCAGGUCGGAAGGCGUCCAACAUGCUACUGAGGAAGAGCGGAGGACAAGUACAAGUAGAUUCAGAGCUGAUGAAGCGGCUGGGCCAAAGCCGAAAGGAUGCUCAGUUGCGGAUAUGCCUGGAAGCGAAAGGAAAGUCCAAUGCUGUAAAGAAAAAUAUUGCAUAGGAACUUGGAAUGUAAGAACCACAACCUUGGUAAGUUUGAUGUGGUCAAAAAUGAGAUGGCAAGAAUAAAUAUUGACAUCCUGGGCAUCAGUGAACUAAAAUGGACGGGAAUGGGCGAAUUCAGUUUGGAUGACCAUCAUAUCUACUACUGUGGGCAAGAAUCCCGUAAAAGAAAUGGAGUGGCCCUCAUAGUCAACAAAAGAGUGGCAAAAGCUGUACUGGGAUGCAAUCUCAAAAAUGACAGAAUGAUCUCGAUAUGGAUCCAAGGCAGACCUUUUAACAUCACAGUAAUCCAAGUUUAUGCACCAACCACUGGUGCUAAAGAAACUGAAAUUAACCAAUUCUAUGAAGACUUACAACACCUUAUAGAAAUGACACCAAAGAAGGAUGUUCUUCUCAUUAUAGGGGAUUGGAAUGCUAAAGUAGGGAGUCAAGAGAUAAAAGGAACAACUGGCAAGUUUGGCCUUGGAGUUCAAAACGAAGCAGGGCAAAGGCUAAUAGAGUUCUGCCAAGAGAACAAGCUGGUCAUCACAAACACUCUUUUCCAACAACACAAGAGACAACUCUACACAUGGACAUCACCAGAUGGGCAGCAUCGAAAUCAGAUUGAUUAUAUUCUCUGCAGCCAAAAAUGGAGAAGCUCUAUACAGUUAGCAAAAACAAGACCUGGAGCUGACUGUGGCUCAGAUCAUCAGCUUCUCAUAGCAAAAUUCAAGCUUAAACUGAAGAAAGUAGGAAAAACCACUGGGCUGGUAAGAUACAAUCCAAGUCAAAUCCCUUAUGAAUAAACAGUGGAAGUGAGGAACAGGUUUAAGGAUUUAGAUUUGGUGGACAGAAUGCCUGAAGAACUAUGGAUGGAGGCUCAUAACAUUAUACAGGAGGCAGCAACGAAAACCACCCCAAUGAAAAGGAAAUGCAAGAAAGCAAAGUGGCUGUCCAACGAGGCCUUACAAAUAGCGGGAGAGAGAAGGCAAGCAAAAUGCGAGGGAGAUAGUGAAAGAUACAGGAAAUUGAGUGCAGAUUUCCAAAAAAUAGCAAGGCGAGACAAGAAGGCCUUCUUAAAUGAGCAAUGCAAAGAAAUAGAGGAAAACAAUAGAAUGGGAAAAACCAGAGAUCUGUUCAAGAAAAUUGGAGAUAUGAAAGGAACAUUUCGUACAAAGAUUACCAUAAUAAAAGACAAAAGUGGAAAGGACCUAACAGAAGCAGAAGACAUCAAGAAGAGGUGGCAAGAAUACACAGAGGAAUUAUACCAGAAAGAAAUGGAUGCCUCGUAUACCCCAGGUAGUGUGGUUGCUGACCUUGAGCCAGACAUCCUGGAGAGUGAAGUCAAAUGGGCCUUAGAAAGCACUGCUAAUUACAAGGCCAGUGGAAGUGAUGAUAUUCCAGCUGAACUAUUUAAAAUUUAAAAAGAUGAUGCUUUUAAGGUGCAACACUCAAUAUGUCAGCAAAUUUGGAAAACUCAGCAGGGGCCAGAGGAUUGGAGAAGAUCAGUCUACAUCCCAAUCCCAAAGCAGGGCAGUGCCAAAGAAUGCUCCAACUACUACACAAUUGCACUCAUUUCACACGCUAGCAAGGUUAUGCUUAAAAUUCUACAAGGCAGCCUUAAGCAGUAUGUGAACCGAGAACUCCCAGAAGUGCAAGCUGGAUUUCGAAGGGGCAGAGGAACCAGAGACCAAAUUGCAAACAUGCGCUGGAUUAUGGAGAAAGCUAGAGAGUUCCAGAAAUAAUAAUAAUAAUAAUAAUAAUAAUAAUAAUAAUAAUAAUAAUAAUGGUUAUUCCAUCUGAAACACAACUGUUGACAUUCCUUAAGAUUAAAAUUUACUAUUGGCCCUCAUUUUCUCUCUCACUCUCUGAGAUUUAUUUGUUAGAGGAGAGAUAAGGAAACAUUGCCCCGCACCAUAUCAGCCACUGCCAACAUGGUCAGUGGUGGGAAAUGAGGGAAGCUUUAUUCCAGCAGCACCUGGAACCCCACAGGCUCCGCAUUCUUGGCAAAAAGAAAUUGUAGCUUCACAUUUCUUUGAUAAAACUGCAGCUGACCAGCCAUCUUUCAUCAAAGCUAAAAGUUUCAGUCCUACUUUUCUUUUGGUGUUUGCUCACCAUGGAAAAUUGUAUUUGUCACUUUUUCUGUCCCUAAGGAGCAGAUGAUGGAAAGUGGGGGCAGCUCAGCAUGUUUGUUAGCAAAACUCCUACUUACAGCCAAAGCAAUGAAAAAGUAACUAUCUCACCCAACAAUUAUCCAAAUCACUAUACUUUGUUCUCUUCUCUGAACGUUCCCAGGCUUCCUAGAACUCAAGAAAUCAGUCAAUAAGCAAACCUCAAAGUGGUUAUAAAGAAACCCCAUGCUAUUGGGAGCAGGACACAGGGAUAAUGCUCAUGUGUCACACACACACACACACACACACACACACACACACACACACUAUUGAUCAGAUUUAGGAUCACAGAGUUGGCAAUCCUGGCUAAUAAGAUAUACAGCUGUAACCCUUUGAUUCUCAAAUGCUGGUUGUAAAACAUUCUUCUAAAGCUGUAUUGACAGAGCUAGGAAUUACCCAAUGUAGCCUGUUCAAGUCAUGCAGCUGCUCUGAAUGGAAACAGGAGGUGUGUGUUUAGAGAAAAGUCUGACCACGAGGAUGCUGUGGCUAUUGAUGUUAUCUCUUCUCCCUCCUGCUGUGUGCAAAGUAGAUACUCUUAGGUGUCCCAUGAAUUAUCCAUUCCCUGCUCCACAUCAGUGGUACCAACCAGGUGGCUUCAUCAUUGGUGGGAUUGCUUCUCAGGUCUAUUAUGUCUUCAAUGAAGUUUCCUUCAAGGAGCACCCUUCACAGAAUAUGUUUGAUGUUCCAUUGUAAGAGCCUUUCCCCUCUUUGCAUCAUUCCAAAUCUCCUUUGCUUUUGUGUCAUGUGUUUUAGAUUGCAAAUCUGAAGAGAUAUUGUCUUAGUUAUUUUUUCAGGUGCUGUGGUAAUCUGGGCAAAAAAUUCAAAUGAUAAGACUAGAGGCAUGUCUAAAGUUGUCUUUCAAUUUCUCAAAAGUUUUCUUCCCACAUUAAAGAAUCCUAAGUUUUUCUGCAUUUGCAGGGAACUUUAGUAAUUUUUCAAGGUAUGAGGUUAAGCUUAUCUCAUUGUUGUGCAGUGGACAAUAUGUGUGUAUAUAUUUUAUUUACAAAUCUAUUUUAAAUAUAUAUUUAUAUAUAAUUAUUUUAUAAAAAAUAUCAAAGUAGCUUACAUCAGAAAUACAUAAAAUCAAGCAGUAAGCAAAGUUAAAAGCCAUAUUAAAAAGCUAAAUGUGUGCAUGUUUUUCUUUCUAGUAAACAUUUAUACAAUGCUUUCAAAUUGCCUCCUCUGUGGAAGGAGAUAACUCAUGUUGUAUUUCCCUGAGUUUUAAAAUAAUGUUGGGAGAUGGUGAGUCUGGCUGGUAAGCCCCUGGGAUUAGUGGUCUUGCUGAUUUUUUAAUAGAAGGAAUAUCCUUCAUUUUGCCUAAAUAAACAAUUUCUCCCGUUUAGAAAAAGAAAGAAAAGGACUUUAAAAUAUGUAGCAAUUGACAACUUUCAGGAGUAUAGUAGAUUCUCUCCCAAGAUUCCCUCUGAUGAACCAAGACAACUGAGAAGGUCAAGAAAGAAAUUGAUAGCAUUUGUUUCAAAGUGUUAGGCAUGCCAUGAGAGAGCAUAAUCUUUAUAUGAACUGCACUGAGUUUAAUAGCUUAGAAACAUCAAUGACAUUUAAAAUAAUUUCAUGUCAAUCUUAAUCUGUUUGUGCUAAAAAUGGGAUUGUGGCAAAUUGAUCUCAUAUUCCAAAGUUAUACAUUAAUUAUCUUUGCUUACAGUGUAGUAACAAAAUUCUACCAGCACAUUCUUGCCUUGGCAUUUGCCGUGAAAGAGAUAAACGAGAACCCCAAGUUUUGUCCUAAUAUCACUCUCGGCUUCCACAUCUAUGAUAGCUACUAUGAUGCCAGAAUGACCUAUCGUACCACUCUUGACCUGCUCUUCAAAUCACAUAGAUUUGUUCCCAACUACAAAUGUGACACCCAGAAAAAUCUCAUAGCCAUCAUUGGGGGACUUAGCGCUGACACCUCCUUCCAUAUGGCUGCCACAAUUGGCCUCUACAAGAUUCCACAGGUAGGAUCUCUGAAAAGGUAUAAAAAAAUUACACACAUGCCUUACCAUUCUGGGAGUCAUUUUGAACUUUAGAAAAAGGAAGGGUUUUUGACUGACAUUUAAAUCUGAUUUUUUUUAAUUGACGCUACGGUUGUUGUUAUUAUUAUUAUUAUUUCAGAUUGCAGAGCUUUAAGUUGACCUGAGCUUUCUGCAACUCCACCCCAUCUGGUUUAAGGUGGGUCUAGUACAUCUCUGUGCAUCCCCCUACAAGCGCCAUUUUCCCUAGCAUUCCAUUUCUAGCCAAUCCAUUCCCAUCUCCAUGUCAGCCAUAAGGAGGACACAUGCUUGCUCCAUGAACAAAUCUGGGGCUGGAAAUUACAGCUCCCAACCUCCUCCCCUGCCACACUCACUGAAACAAAAGGGAAAUCACUGCCUUCUAACAUCCUUCUGUCACAUGCACUUACGAUCUCAAUUCUUUCAAAGUUGUUGCUUCUUCUUCAACUUCAUCCCAAGCUUCCUAGCCCUUUUUUCCUUCCUGGCCCUUUGUCCCUUCCUUGUCUGUUCUAGUUAUCUGUUUUCCUCCAUUCAUUUACUUUUUAUUUUCCCCUUUCCUUUCAGUUAUAAAAACCUUUUGGGAGUGAGUAGGGGCCAUUGUUUUGUUUUGUUUUGUUCUCGUUUAUAUUUGCUAUUUUGUGUUUUUAUUUCACAUUUUUAUGCUGAAAACACCCCGAGAUCUUCAGAUGAAGGCCAAUACGCUAACUAACUACCUAACUACCUACAUAACUAACUAACUUCUUGGAUUUAACCCACAAAUUCCUUAAAAUGUAUUUUUUUUUUAAUAAACAGGCAUCUGCUGCUAAACAAUCUCUUUAACGUACUUACAUUUUCUUUUAGCUCACAUAUGGAUCAUUUCCCCCAGACAAAAAUUAUGGAAGUCAAGUACCAUUUUACCGCAUGGUGCCCAAUGAAGCCCAUCAGCAUAUGGGGAUUAUCAGUUUGCUUAAGCAUUUCAGAUGGACGUGGGUUGGGCUCUUCACUGUCGAUGAUAAUAGUGGAGAACAUUUCUUGAAGACUCUGGAGCCAUUACUUUCCCAUAAUGGAAUCUGUUUAGCCUUCACACAAAGAAUCCCACAAAUACCCCGUUUUGAUGACUUGGAUGAAGUUCAUGAUAUAGUUUUAAAUAUUUAUGUUCAUUUAACAGAUGACAAAGCCAAUGUAUUUAUGAUGUAUGGAGAAUCUCUGACAAUUAUAUGGCUCAGAAGUAUUCUAUUUCUAAGCGAUACUGAAAAUAAGGAAAUAUCAUCAUUUAAAAAGGUGUGGAUUAUAACAACUCAGAUUGAUUUCAUAUCAACAGUAUUUCAAAGGAGUUGGGGCCUUCAGAUCUUCCAAGGUGCUAUUUCCUUCACUAUUCAUUCACAAAACCUCCUGCAGUUCCAAGAAUUUCUUCAGGGAAUAAGACUUUACUGGACACAGGGAGAUGGGUUUUUCAAGGAUUUCUGGGAGCAAGCAUUUGAUUGUACAUUUCCAAAUCCCAGGGUGCCAAUAGAGGUCAAUGACAUGUGCACUGGGGAGGAAAGGUUGCAGAGUCUUCCAGGGUCUGUAUUUGAAAUGAGUAUGACUGGCCACAGCUACAGUAUCUACCAGGCUGUUUACGUUGUGGCUCGUGUUUUGCAAGGCAUAUACUUGACUAGCUUAAAGAAAAGGGCAACAGGAAACAGUGGAAUAUUAAAAAUUCAAGAUCUGCAGCCUUGGCAGGUAAUGUAUUUGAAUUGAAGAGUAGCAAAAUAUAGGACAAUUUCAGUGAACAGAUUUGUUGUUGUUGUUUAGUCGUUUAGUCGUGUCUGACUCUUCGUGACCCCAUGGACCAGAGCACACCAGGCACUCCUGUCUUCCACUGCCUCCUGCAGUUUGGUCAGACUCAUGUUUGUAGCUUCAAGAACACUGUCCAACCAUCUCGUCCUCUUGUGCCCUCGAUCUUUCCCAACAUCAGGGUCUUUUCCAGGGAGUCUUUCCUUCUCAUGAGGUGGCCAAAGUAUUGGAGCCUCAGCUUCACAAUCUGUCCUUCCAGCGAGCACUCAGGGCUGAUUUCCUUAAGAAUGGAUAGGUUUGAUCUUCUUGCAGUCCAUGGUACUCUCCUCCAUGAGUCUCCUCCAGCACCAUAAUUCAAAAGAAUCAAUCCUUUGGUGAUUCUUUAUGAUCCAGCUCUCACUUCCAUACAUCACUAAUGGGAAAACCAUGGCUUUAACUAUACGGACCUUUGUUGGCAAGGUGAUGUCUCUGCUUUUUAAGCUGCUGUCUAGGUUUGUCAUUGCCUUUCUCCCAAGGAGCAGGGGUCUUUUAAUUUGGUGACUGCUGUCACCAUCUGCAGUGAUCAUGGAGCCCAAGAAAGUAAAAUCUCUCACUGCCUCCAUUUCUUCCCUAUUCUUUGGCAGGAGGUGAUGGGCCCAGGGGCCAUGAUCUUCAUUUUUUUGAUGUUGAGCUUCGGACCAUAUUUUGCGCUCUCCUCUUUCACCCUCAUUAAAAGGUUCUUUAAUUCCUCCUCACUUUCUGCUAUCAAGGUUGUGUCAUCUGCAUAUCUGAGGUUGUUGAUAUUUCUUCUGACGAUCUUAAUUCCGGCUUGGGAUUCAUCCAGCCCAGCCUUUCGCAUGAUGAAUUCUGCAUAUAAAUUAAAUAAGCCGGGAGACAAUAUACAGCCUUGCCGUACUCCUUUCCCAAAUUUUGAACCAAAAUUGUUCCAUAUGCAGUUCUAACUGUAGCUUCUUCUCCCACAUAGAGAUUUCUCAGGAGACAGAUGAGGUGAUGAACAGAUUGGUAAAAAGUAAAAGGUUGAUCACAAUUGCCAGAAACAAGUGGCUGCUGAAAUGUUAUUGCGUGUCUCAUUCACUGAAAAAUAUUUACUAUCAAACAACUGAUUCAUGCUUGGUCUUUGUUAGAAGAUGCUACAUAAGUAUAUGUAAAUAAUAUCCCUAAAGAAUGGUGGCAGAUAAUCAUGGCAUUUUAUCAAAAACUCUAUAUUGUUAUUUUCCUUUCAUGUAUUUUGUCUCUUUCCUUAGCUGCACCAUUUUUUCCAUGAUAUUUCAUUUAACAACUCAGCUGGAGAAAGAGUAUCAUUUACUGAUAAGAGAGAAAUGCGAGGUGGAUUUGACAUUAUGAACAUGGUCACAUUCCCAAAUAAGUCUUUCAUUCAAUUGAAAAUAGGAUCGGUGAAUCCCUAUGCUCUUGAUGGAAAAGAAUUCAUCAUUCAUGAGGACAAGAUUAUGUGGCCCAAAGGUUUUAAACAGGUCUGGCAUCUGGGGUCAUUCAGGUGUCUCAACAUAACCAUCACUGAUUUCUUUCAUAAACACAUGGAAAUAAUUUUGGUACCAGCUGGAUGCAAUUAUAACCUUCCAAAACAAAACUAAUCUUUUGUUUUAAUAAUGUUAACUAUGCCACAUUUAUACAUGGCAGUGCUUACAUUAGAUAGAUAAAAAAACUGAGGCAAAAAUAGUUGAUAUCCCUUUUAAAUGAUAAGUGGGCAUAGCACUUUUGAAGGGCACAUUUUAAUAGAUAGGUAGUGCUGUAAAUUUCCAUUGGUUUGACUUCACCCCGAAGGUCCACUCUUCCAUUGUCUCCUGACACAGAUCAGUACUGACCAAACCCUAACCAUUUCUGUAUUCCUAAAGUGUUAUUACCGCUCACCCAGUCUGGCUUAGAAAAGUGACUUGGGCUAGGUUUUCGAUGUGUAUCAGCAUUAGUGAUGCACUGCCAUAUAAUGUAGAUUGUCUAUCAUUUGCCGGCGCCCCCCCCCCCAUCCUUCUUCUUCACCAUAUGCAAUUUUAGGUAAAGUGAUCACCAUUGCUUAGGCCAAGUAGGUUUUUUCUCUCCUAUGAUUGUCUUGAUGGUUUGGGUGGGGGAGGGAUUUUCCAACUUCAUUGGAAACCUUACAAGCAAUACUGGGUAGGUACAGUUAGUGGAGGCAGUCUGGUAAGUGCAUCUCAGAUGAAUUCUGGUUUCAGAGACUUUUCCAAAGGCUCUGUGACCUGUGUGGAUGACUUUUACAUUAACUUGUGUCAUUAGCUUGCUGGUGUUGGCCUCAAAGUGUCUGUGAAUCAUGAAUUCUUCACUCUAUCAUGACAGGCUUAGGAGCUUGAGGAAAAUUUUAAAUAUUUCCCACACAUGGUCUUUUCUCUAUGCAAUUUUCUCUGUGCCAAAACUCUUCCUGGGUCUUAUGGAUAUACAGUUAGAAAAUGACCAUGGAACUUUGCUACAAUAUAGGAUUAUGGAUGGAAGACUUUUAUAUGGACAAAGAUGGAAGGAUCCAUUAUUCUAACAAUGGAAUAGCUGUUAAAACUAAUUAUAACAUUUUGAUUUGAGGAUAGAAGGUAAUGUUUCUGUACAGAAAGUGGCUUUCUAGGAGUUUUAUUGGAGUGGGUAAAGUGAAUAUUGUUUAUUUAUAGCAGACAGAGGAAGAACCAGAAGUCAGUUCCAUUCUAAAUUUUAUUACUCUCUCUCGUUUAACAACUUUUCUAUUUAUUUUUCUUUGUUUCUCUCUUUCUCUUUCUUUAUCCAUUUCUUACUCCCACAUCUCUUUAUGUUUUUAUUGUAUUCAGAUCAAAGUCUUAGUUUGGACAAAAAAAGAGAGGGAAGAUAUUUGAUAUUAAGUUUUGUAUUUUUAUCUAUAAACCCUCAUAAAGUUUAUUUAAAAACCCCUCUCCAAAAAAAUAAGAUAAUUUCCUGUUGAUAGGUGGUGCCUAUUUCUGUGUGCAAUGACUACUGUCACCCCGGUAAUCGGAAGAAAAGGAAGGAAGGGCAGAAAUUUUGCUGCUACGAUUGUGUUCCAUGUCCAGAUGGGAAGAUUUCAAACCAGAAUGGUAAAUGGGUUACAGAUGCUUCAGGUUACAGACUCCGCUAACCCAGAAAUAGUACCUCAGGUUAAGAACUUUGCUUCAGGAUGAGAACAGAAAUUUCACGGCGGUCAUGCAGCGGCAUAAGGAGGCCCCAUUAGCUAAAGUGGUAUCUCAGGUUAAGAACAGUUUCAGGUUAAGAAUGGACCUCCAGAACGAAUUAAGCUCUUAACCCGAUGUACCACUGUAUUGAAUAACACUGGUUGGUUUAGGAAAGUCACAGCUCCGAGACAGAUGAACCGAAGACUUGGGAGCUGUUGGGAGUAGAGCCAGGUGAGACAGAGCAGCCAGCUGACACGACAUCACUGGAGAGCAUUUUUGACCCUCUUCUCCAAGAACUCAGCGUUCAUUGAGGGUUCAUUGAGCAAAGGACUCAGAGACAGCUCCUGGCAGCCACCAUCAGGGGAAGUGCUGUUGUUGGAAGGGAGGCAGGAGGAGCUCAUUUGGAGAAAAACCAUUAAUCGGAAGGCAGACUGAUUCCUUUGUCUCACGCGGUGAUAAUUUAACAAACUCAUUAGUAAGAACUCUAUCUAGUUUUUCUCUGCUCCUUGCGUCCACCGGGGGAGGGAGAGAAUGACCUGGAUUCUGACAAGAGGAAUGAUAACUUAGAUUUAAGAGGCAAAGAACACUCAUGAAUUGCAAUUGGAGUUUGGCCUUAUGCUAUUUUUUCAGAUAUGGAUGACUGCUUCAGAUGCCCAGAAGAUCAGUAUGCAAACAAGAACAAAAAUGGAUGCAUUCCCAAGUUAAUAAUCUUUCUUUCCUAUAAGGAACCUUUAGGGAUUGGCUUAACAUCAGUUGCUGUUCUUUGUUCCCUAAUUACAAUUUUGGUGCUGGGAACUUUUAUUAAACACAAAGACACUCCGAUUGUCAAAGCUAACAACAGGGAUCUCACCUAUGCUCUCCUCAUUGCCCUCCUACUCUGCUUCCUCUCAUCCUUUCUAUUCAUUGGACACCCUGGCAAAAUGACCUGCCUUCUUCGACAACCCACUUUUGGCAUCAUCUUCUCCGUGGCUGUUUCUUGUGUGUUGGCCAAAACCAUCACUGUAGUUGCAGCUUUCAUGGCCACCAAGCCUGGGUCCACUAUGAGGAAGUGGGUGGGAAAAAGACUGAGCAACUCCAUUGUCCUUUCCGGCUCACUCAUUCAAGUGAGUAUUUGUACUGGGUGGUUGAUGACCUCUCCCCCAUUCCCUGAUCUAGACAUGAACUCAGUAACAGAGGAAACCAUUGUGCAAUGUAAUGAAGGCUCAGUGACCAUGUUUUACUGUGUCCUGGGCUACAUGGGCCUCCUGGCCAUUGCCAGCUUCAUUGUGGCAUUUGCAGCUCGCAAAUUACCUGACAGUUUUAAUGAAGCCAAGUUCAUUACCUUCAGCAUGUUGCUGUUCUGCAGUGUUUGGCUUUCUUUUGUUCCAACCUAUCUGAGCACCAAAGGAAAAUCCAUGGUGCUGGUGGAGAUCUUCUCCAUCUUGUCCUCCAGCGCUGGAUUGUUGGGCUGCAUCUUUGCCCCCAAAUGCUACAUCAUUGUUCUGAAGCCUGAGCUGAACAACAGGGAGCAACUUAUAAGGAGAAAAAUGUAAAUAUUUCUCCUAAGUAUUGCAUCGUAGUUCUUUAUUCUAUUAAGGAGUUUAGUAUAAAGUUUUUACUAUAAGUACCUCUGGUCUCUAACUCUUUUGUGGGAAAAGUACAAGCAUGUACUAAAAAGUUCAAAUUUGUGAAAUUAAAGUGGAUUAAAUGUUAUGUCAACCUAGCACAUUGGUAGGGGACCUCUGGCUGGUGGGCCAACGUUCAUCUAGGAAUGAUUCCAAUUGCCAGACCAUUCCUGACAAUCCACACUCAUCUAACCCUCAUCUGACUAUACAAUUGACAGUAAGUGUGGCAAAGGUACCAAUUAUUUCAGAGGAACAAUCCAGAGCUUAAAGUGAGUUCCUGAUUGUGCUUUGCCAUAAGAAGCAGCAACUGCUAGGAAGAUGGGUGCAAAGGCUCAAUUCUGCAGUGGAAGACACUAUCUGCUCCAAGAGGAUGCAUCUGUGGAAAUGUGCCUUCAAAUAGACUCAUUGCCGGGCAUUGCGACACCAAGUGAUUGAAAGGUGGAGCCCUCCAGAUGCUGAUAAACUACAACUUUUAUCUCAAGCAGGUCUGGCUAGUGGCUAGGGGUGAUGAGAGUUAUAGGUCAGCAAAAUUUGGAGGGCCAAAUGUUCCCCACAACCUGCAUUAUAUAACACAUAAAUGAUAUUUAGAUUAAAACACCUGCAUUUAGAAUAUUUAUUUUAACAUUAUUGUUUAAUUUAUUGUUCAGUGUUCUAUGUCACACCCUCAAGUUUAUUGUUAAUAAAGUGACAGUUUAUGUCUCAUGAGAUUCAUUUCCAGGUGUGCUGGCAAUAUGCGUAACUUUUUUUAAAAAAAACCAUGUUAUUGAUAAAGCCACUUCCGGCCUGCCCAGGAGGUGGGGUUGCGGGCUUCACGCCCACCCACCACAUGAGCAGGGGCUGGUUUCAGCCCCCGCGAGAGCAGGGGAAUCCCGGCCGUGUCUGCCCUAUUUAGGGCCGGCGAAGAGGGGGCUCGCCCUCUUUUCGCCGGCUAGCCCCCACGUUUUCCCACCCUCCCUCCCUUUAGGUAGGUCUCUGACUUUGCUAUGGACUUCGGUCUGUCGCCGCAUGGGGCAUGGUAGGAAUUUUUCCCAAUUGGCAAUUUACAGCCAUUUGGUUUCUCGCCUACCUCGUAGCAACUCGUCACAACUCUUCGGCAUUGGCGGUAGGCAUUGGUAAGAAGGGGUUAAGAGGAUGUGGGGGGGAGGAACGCCAUCACCUCCCCCCAGUGAGCGAAGGGUGGUCCGUUAAAGGACUCUGGGGGGCUUGGCCCUGUCCAAAGCCUAUGGAGGUGUGGGCCAAAGGCACGCCCCCGAGCAGUGACCCGGGGGAGCUCCUAGUCGACGUGCCUUGGCAGGAGACUCCCCUGAUAUAGUGUCAACCCUUCCCCGUGUCUCCAGCAAAUGGGCUGCAGCCGGAUAGUCGUUAGAACCAAUGCCUAAGCCAAUGCCUCUCAUUCCUGAAUUCAAUAAAGUUGUGGCCUAAUUCGCCCAGUUAACCUUAAACUAUGGUGGUUCGUGUCUUUAUUUAUCCUGGUGGGGGGCGGGAACUCGCCACGCAACAUUGAUAAAGGUUAUCCUAUUUUCCUGUCAGCCACAAUCUCAGUUUGCAUUAAAGGAGCUUGUACUAGAUGACUCUUGAGGUCUCUCCCAACUCUAGAAUUCUGUGAUGCCCAAGAAUGGAAGGCAGCUUCUCCAUUCCCUGCUUUUAAAGAGGUCCAAAUCAAAGAAAUGGAGACCAGGUGUUUCCUCCUCAAAACAUAUUCUCCAUAGCAGGUCAUAUUGGUUUGUCGGUUGACAGGCAAAGUGGUCAAACUUGUGGUUUCCUCUAUAGGUCCCCUCCGGCCACCUUCCCACAGCUGAACUGCCAAACACAUUUUAAUUACCACUGUGGGGAAUUAGGUAGGAUAUGCAUUUUAAAUGAUGGAUGCAGAUUUAGUUUACAGAUUAAAGAGAUUUACUAUUCAUUCAUAUAUAUUUAUACCACACUCUUCCUCCCAGAGCAGCAAAUAAGCAAGAACAACAUCUUGAAAACACUUCUGGGCAAUUGUAAACUGAUUCUAUUAAUUUAUAGAUGCCAUACAUAGAGAUGCCCCUUCAUGGAUCACUGCCUUGCUGUGGCGAAGGCGCUUGAAUAACUCAGAGAAGCUAUGAGCUAUGCCAUGCAGGGCCACCCAAGAUAUACAGGUCAUAGUGGAGAGUUUUGACCAAACGUGAUCCACCUGGAGCAGGAACCGGCAAGCCACUCCAGUAUCCCUGCCAAGAAAACUCCAUGGACAAAGACAACAGGCAUAUAAAAGUUAUGACACUGGAAGAUGAGCCCCUCAGGUCGGAAGGCGUCCAACAUGCUACUGAGGAAGAGCGGAGGACAAGUACAAGUAGAUUCAGAGCUGAUGAAGCGGCUGGGCCAAAGCCGAAAGGACGCUCAGUUGCGGAUAUGCCUGGAAGCGAAAGGAAAGUCCAAUGCUGAAAGGAAAAUAUUGCAUAGGAACCUGGAAUGUAAGAACCACAACCUUGGUAAGUUUGAUGUGGUCAAAAAUGAGAUGGCAAAAAUAAAUAUUGACAUCCUGGGCAUCAGUGAACUAAAAUGGACGGGAAUGGGCGAAUUCAGUUCGGAUGACCAUCAUAUCUACUACUGUGGGCAAGAAUCUCAUAAAAGAAAUGGAGUGGCCCUCAUAGUCAACAAAAGAGUGGCAAAAGCUGUACUGGGAUGCAAUCUCAAAAAUGAUAGAAUGAUCUCGAUAUGGAUCCAAGGCAGACUUUUUAACAUCACAGUAAUCCAAGUUUAUGUACCAACCAGUGGUGCUGAAGAAACUGAAAUUAACCAAUUCUAUGAAGACUUACAAGACCUUAUAGAAAUGACACCAAAGAAUGAUGUUCUUCUCAUUAUAGGGGAUUGGAAUGCUAAAGUAGGGAGUCAAGAGAUAAAAGGAACAACUGGCAAGUUUGGCCUUGGAGUUCAAAACGAAGCAGGGCAAAGGCUAAUAGAGUUCUGCCAAGAGAACAAGCUGGUCAUCACAAACACUCUUUUCCAACAACACAAGAGACGACUCUACACAUGGACAUCACCAGAUGGGCAGCAUCGAAAUCAGAUUGAUUAUAUUCUCUGCAGCCAAAAAUGGAGAAGCUCUAUACAGUCAGCAAAAACAAGACCUGGAGCUGACUGUGGCUCAGAUCAUCAGCUUCUUAUAGCAAAAUUCAAGCUUAAACUGAAGAAAGUAGGAAAAACCACUGGGCCGGUAAGAUACAAUCCAAGUCAAAUCCCUUAUGAAUACACAGUGGAAGUGAGGAACAGGUUUAAGGAUUUAGAUUUGGUGGACAGAAUGCCUGAAGAACUAUGGAUGGAGGCUCGUAACAUUAUACAGGAGGCAGCAACGAAAACCAUCCCAAUGAAAAGGAAAUGCAAGAAAGCAAAGUGGCUGUCCAACGAGGCCUUACAAAUAGCGGGAGAGAGAAGGCAAGCAAAAUGCGAGGGAGAUAGUGAAAGAUACAGGAAAUUGAGUGCAGAUUUCCAAAAAUAGCAAGGCGAGACAAGAAGGCCUUCUUAAAUGAGCAAUGCAAAGAAAUAGAGGAAAACAAUAGAAUGGGAAAAACCAGAGAUCUGUUCAAGAAAAUUGGAGAUAUGAAAGGAACAUUUCGUACAAAGAUUACCAUAAUAAAAGACAAAAGUGGAAAGGAACUAACAGAAGCAGAAGACAUCAAGAAGAGGUGGCAAGAAUACACAGAGGAACUAUACCAGAAAGAAAUGGAUGCCUCGUAUACCCCAGGUAGUGUGGUUGCUGACCUUGAGCCAGACAUCCUGGAGAGUGAAGUCAAAUGGGCCUUAGAAAGCACUGCUAAUAACAAGGCCAGUGGAAGUGAUGAUAUUCCAGCUGAACUAUUUAAAGUUUUAAAAGAUGAUGCUGUUAAGGUGCUACACUGAAUAUGCCAGCAAAUUUGGAAACCUCAGCAGUGGCCAGAGGAUUGGAGAAGAUCAGUCUACAUCCCAAUCCCAAAGAAGGGCAGUGCCAAAGAAUGCUCCAACUACUGCACAAUUGCACUCAUUUCACACGCUAGCAAGGUUAUGCUUAAAAUUCUACAAGGCAGGCUUAAGCAGUAUGUGAACAGAGAACACCCAGAAGUGCAAGCUGGAUUUUGAAGGGGCAGAGGAAACAGAGACCAAAUUGCAAACAUGCGCUGGAUUAUGGAGAAAGCUAGAGAGUUCCAGAAAUAAUAAUACACACACACACACACACACACACACACACACAAUAAUGGUUAUUCCAUCUGAAACACAACUGUUGACAUUCCUUAAGAUUAAAAUUUACUAUUGGCCCUCAUUUUCUCUCUCACUCUCUGAGAUUUAUUUGUUAGAGGAGAGAUAAGGAAACAUUGCCCCGCACCAUAUCAGCCACUGCCAACAUGGUCAGUGGUGGGAAAUGAGGGAAGCUUUAUUCCAGCAGCACCUGGAACCCCACAGGCUCCGCAUUCUUGGCAAAAAGAAAUUGUAGCUUCACAUUUCUUUGAUAAAACUGCAGCUGACCAGCCAUCUUUCAUCAAAGCUAAAAGUUUCAGUCCUACUUUUCUUUUGGUGUUUGCUCACCAUGGAAAAUUGUAUUUGUCACUUUUUCUGUCCCUAAGGAGCAGAUGAUGGAAAGUGGGGGCAGCUCAGCAUGUUUGUUAGCAAAACUCCUACUUACAGCCAAAGCAAUGAAAAAGUAACUAUCUCACCCAGCAAUUAUCCAAAUCACUAUACUUUGUUCUCUUCUCUGAACGUUCCCAGGCUUCCUAGAACUCAAGAAAUCAGUCAAUAAGCAAACCUCAAAGUGGUUAUAAAGAAACCCCAUGCUAUUGGGAGCAGGACACAGGGAUAAUGCUCAUGUGUCACACACACACACACACACACACACACACACACACACACACAAUAUUGAUCAGAUUUAGGAUCACAAAGUUGGCAAUCCUGGCUAAUAAGAUAUACAGCUGUAACCCUUUGAUUCUCAAAUGCUGGUUGUAAAACAUUCUUCUAAAGCUGUAUUGACAGAGCUAGGAAUUACCCAAUGUAGCCUGUUCAAGUCAUGCAGCUGCUCUGAAAGUAAACAGGACCGGGUGUGUUUAGAGAAAAGUCUGACCACGAGGAUGCUGUGGCUAUUGAUGUUAUCUCUUCUCCCUCCUGCUGUGUGCAAAGUAGAUACUCUUAGGUGUCCCAUGAAUUAUCCAUUCCCUGCUCCACAUCAGUGGUACCAACCAGGUGGCUUCAUCAUUGGUGGGAUUGCUUCUCAGGUCUAUUAUGUCUUCAAUGAAGUUUCCUUCAAGGAGCACCCUUCACAGAAUAUGUUUGAUGUUCCAUUGUAAGAGCCUUUCCCCUCUUUGCAUCAUUCCAAAUCUCCUUUGCUUUUGUGUCAUGUGUUUUAGAUUGCAAAUCUGAAGAGAUAUUGUCUUAGUUAUUUUUUCAGGUGCUGUGGUAAUCUGGGGAAAAAAUUGAAAUGAUAAGACUAGAGGCAUGUCUAAAGUUGUCUUUCAAUUUCUCAAAAGUUUUCUUCCGACAUUAAAGAAUCCUAAGUUUUUCUGCAUUUGCAGGGAACUUUAGUAAUUUUUCAAGGUAUGAGGUUAAGCUUAUCUCAUUGUUGUGCAGUGGACAAUAUGUGUGUAUAUAUUUUAUUUACAAAUCUAUUUUAAAUAUAUAUAUAUAUAUAUGAUUAUUUUAUAAAAAAUAUCAAAGUAGCUUACAUCAGAAAUACAUAAAAUCAAGCAGUAAGCAAAGUUAAAAGCCAUAUUAAAAAGCUAAAUGUGUGCAUGUUUUUCUUUCUAGUAAACAUUUAUACAAUGCUUUCAAAUUGCCUCCUCUGUGGAAGGAGAUAACUCAUGUUGUAUUUCCCUGAGUUUUAAAAUAAUGUUGGGAGAUGGUGAGUCUGGCUGGUAAGCCCCUGGGAUUAGUGGUCUUGCUGAUUUUUUUUAAUAAAGGAAUAUUCUUCAUUUUGCCUAAAUAAACAAUUUCUCCCCUUUAGAUAAAUAAAUAAAAGUACUUUAUAAUAUGUAGCAAACGACAACUUUCAGGAGUAUAGUAGACUGUCUCCCAAGAUUCCCACUGGGGAACCAAGAGAACUGAGAAGGUCAAGAAAGUAAUUGAUAGCAUGUGUUUCAAAGUGUUAGGCAUGCUCUGAGAGAGCAUAAUCUUUAUAUGAACUGCACUGAGUUUAAUAAUUUAGAAACAUCAAUGACAUUUAAAAUAAUUUCAGGUCAAUCUUAAUCAGUUUGUGCUAAAAAUGGGAUUGUGGCAAAUUGAUCUCAUAUUCCAAAAUUGUACAUUAAUUAUCUUUGCUUACAGUGUAGUAACAAAAUUCUACCAGCACAUUCUUGCCUUGGCAUUUGCCGUGAAAGAGAUAAACGAGAACCCCAAGUUUUGUCCUAAUAUCACUCUCGGCUUCCACAUCUAUGAUAGCUACUAUGAUGCCAGAAUGACCUAUCGUACCACUCUUGACCUGCUCUUCAAAUCACAUAGAUUUGUUCCCAACUACAAAUGUGACACCCAGAAAAAUCUCAUAGCCAUCAUUGGGGGACUUAGCGCUGACACCUCCUUCCAUAUGGCUGACACAAUUGGCCUCUACAAGAUUCCACAGGUAGGAUCUCUGAAAAGGUAUAAAAAAAUUACACACAUGCCUUACCAUUCUGGGAGUCAUUUUGAACUUUAGAAAAAGGAAGGGUUUUUGACUGACAUUUAAAUCUGAUUUUUUUUAAUUGACGCUACGGUUGUUGUUAUUAUUAUUAUUAUUUCAGAUUGCAGAGCUUUAAGUUGACCUGAGCUUUCUGCAACUCCACCCCAUCUGGUUUAAGGUGGGUCUAGUACAUCUCUGUGCAUCCCCCUACAAGCGCCAUUUUCCCUAGCAUUCCAUUUCUAGCCAAUCCAUUCCCAUCUCCAUGUCAGCCAUAAGGAGGACACAUGCUUGCUCCAUGAACAAAUCUGGGGCUGGAAAUUACAGCUCCCAACCUCCUCCCCUGCCACACUCACUGAAACAAAAGGGAAAUCACUGCCUUCUAACAUCCUUCUGUCACAUGCACUUACGAUCUCAAUUCUUUCAAAGUUGUUGCUUCUUCUUCAACUUCAUCCCAAGCUUCCUAGCCCUUUUUUCCUUCCUGGCCCUUUGUCCCUUCCUUGUCUGUUCUAGUUAUCUGUUUUCCUCCAUUCAUUUACUUUUUUAUUUUCCCCUUUCCUUUCAGUUAUAAAAACCUUUUGGGAGUGAGUAGGGGCCAUUGUUUUGUUUUGUUUUGUUCUCGUUUAUAUUUGCUAUUUUGUGUUUUUAUUUCACAUUUUUAUGCUGAAAACACCCCGAGAUCUUCAGAUGAAGGCCAAUACGCUAACUAACUACCUAACUACCUACAUAACUAACUAACUUCUUGGAUUUAACCCACAAAUUCCUUAAAAUGUAUUUUUUUUUUAAUAAACAGGCAUCUGCUGCUAAACAAUCUCUUUAACGUACUUACAUUUUCUUUUAGCUCACAUAUGGAUCAUUUCCCCCAGACAAAAAUUAUGGAAGUCAAGUACCAUUUUACCGCAUGGUGCCCAAUGAAGCCCAUCAGCAUAUGGGGAUUAUCAGUUUGCUUAAGCAUUUCAGAUGGACGUGGGUUGGGCUCUUCACUGUCGAUGAUAAUAGUGGAGAACAUUUCUUGAAGACUCUGGAGCCAUUACUUUCCCAUAAUGGAAUCUGUUUAGCCUUCACACAAAGAAUCCCACAAAUACCCCGUUUUGAUGACUUGGAUGAAGUUCAUGAUAUAGUUUUAAAUAUUUAUGUUCAUUUAACAGAUGACAAAGCCAAUGUAUUUAUGAUGUAUGGAGAAUCUCUGACAAUUAUAUGGCUCAGAAGUAUUCUAUUUCUAAGCGAUACUGAAAAUAAGGAAAUAUCAUCAUUUAAAAAGGUGUGGAUUAUAACAACUCAGAUUGAUUUCAUAUCAACAGUAUUUCAAAGGAGUUGGGGCCUUCAGAUCUUCCAAGGUGCUAUUUCCUUCACUAUUCAUUCACAAAACCUCCUGCAGUUCCAAGAAUUUCUUCAGGGAAUAAGACUUUACUGGACACAGGGAGAUGGGUUUUUCAAGGAUUUCUGGGAGCAAGCAUUUGAUUGUACAUUUCCAAAUCCCAGGGUGCCAAUAGAGGUCAAUGACAUGUGCACUGGGGAGGAAAGGUUGCAGAGUCUUCCAGGGUCUGUAUUUGAAAUGAGUAUGACUGGCCACAGCUACAGUAUCUACCAGGCUGUUUACGUUGUGGCUCGUGUUUUGCAAGGCAUAUACUUGACUAGCUUAAAGAAAAGGGCAACAGGAAACAGUGGAAUAUUAAAAAUUCAAGAUCUGCAGCCUUGGCAGGUAAUGUAUUUGAAUUGAAGAGUAGCAAAAUAUAGGACAAUUUCAGUGAACAGAUUUGUUGUUGUUGUUUAGUCGUUUAGUCGUGUCUGACUCUUCGUGACCCCAUGGACCAGAGCACACCAGGCACUCCUGUCUUCCACUGCCUCCUGCAGUUUGGUCAGACUCAUGUUUGUAGCUUCAAGAACACUGUCCAACCAUCUCGUCCUCUUGUGCCCUCGAUCUUUCCCAACAUCAGGGUCUUUUCCAGGAGUCUUUCCUUCUCAUGAGGUGGCCAAAGUAUUGGAGCCUCAGCUUCACAAUCUGUCCUUCCAGCGAGCACUCAGGGCUGAUUUCCUUAAGAAUGGAUAGGUUUGAUCUUCUUGCAGUCCAUGGUACUCUCCUCCAUGAGUCUCCUCCAGCACCAUAAUUCAAAAGAAUCAAUCCUUUGGUGAUUCUUUAUGAUCCAGCUCUCACUUCCAUACAUCACUAAUGGGAAAACCAUGGCUUUAACUAUACGGACCUUUGUUGGCAAGGUGAUGUCUCUGCUUUUUAAGCUGCUGUCUAGGUUUGUCAUUGCCUUUCUCCCAAGGAGCAGGGGUCUUUUAAUUUGGUGACUGCUGUCACCAUCUGCAGUGAUCAUGGAGCCCAAGAAAGUAAAAUCUCUCACUGCCUCCAUUUCUUCCCUAUUCUUUGGCAGGAGGUGAUGGGCCCAGGGGCCAUGAUCUUCAUUUUUUUGAUGUUGAGCUUCGGACCAUAUUUUGCGCUCUCCUCUUUCACCCUCAUUAAAAGGUUCUUUAAUUCCUCCUCACUUUCUGCUAUCAAGGUUGUGUCAUCUGCAUAUCUGAGGUUGUUGAUAUUUCUUCUGACGAUCUUAAUUCCGGCUUGGGAUUCAUCCAGCCCAGCCUUUCGCAUGAUGAAUUCUGCAUAUAAAUUAAAUAAGCCGGGAGACAAUAUACAGCCUUGCCGUACUCCUUUCCCAAAUUUUGAACCAAAAUUGUUCCAUAUGCAGUUCUAACUGUAGCUUCUUCUCCCACAUAGAGAUUUCUCAGGAGACAGAUGAGGUGAUGAACAGAUUGGUAAAAGUAAAAGGUUGAUCACAAUUGCCAGAAACAAGUGGCUGCUGAAAUGUUAUUGCGUGUCUCAUUCACUGAAAAAUAUUUACUAUCAAACAACUGAUUCAUGCUUGGUCUUUGUUAGAAGAUGCUACAUAAGUAUAGGUAAAUAAUAUCCCUAAAGAAUGGUGGCAGAUAAUCAUGGCAUUUUAUCAAAAACUCUAUAUUGUUAUUUUCCUUUCAUGUAUUUUGUCUCUUUCCUUAGCUGCACCAUUUUUUCCAUGAUAUUUCAUUUAACAACUCAGCUGGAGAAAGAGUAUCAUUUACUGAUAAGAGAGAAAUGCGAGGUGGAUUUGACAUUAUGAACAUGGUCACAUUCCCAAAUAAGUCUUUCAUUCAAUUGAAAAUAGGAUCGGUGAAUCCCUAUGCUCUUGAUGGAAAAGAAUUCAUCAUUCAUGAGGACAAGAUUAUGUGGCCCAAAGGUUUUAAACAGGUCUGGCAUCUGGGGUCAUUCAGGUGUCUCAACAUAACCAUCACUGAUUUCUUUCAUAAACACAUGGAAAUAAUUUUGGUACCAGCUGGAUGCAAUUAUAACCUUCCAAAACAAAACUAAUCUUUUGUUUUAAUAAUGUUAACUAUGCCACAUUUAUACAUGGCAGUGCUUACAUUAGAUAGAUAAAAAAACUGAGGCAAAAAUAGUUGAUAUCCCUUUUAAAUGAUAAGUGGGCAUAGCACUUUUGAAGGGCACAUUUUAAUAGAUAGGUAGUGCUGUAAAUUUCCAUUGGUUUGACUUCACCCCGAAGGUCCACUCUUCCAUUGUCUCCUGACACAGAUCAGUACUGACCAAACCCUAACCAUUUCUGUAUUCCUAAAGUGUUAUUACCGCUCACCCAGUCUGGCUUAGAAAAGUGACUUGGGCUAGGUUUUCAAUGUGUAUAAGCAUUAGUGAUGCACUGCCAUAUAAUGUAGAUUGUCUAUCAUUUGCCGGCGCCCCCCCCCCCAUCCUUCUUCUUCACCAUAUGCAAUUUUAGGUAAAGUGAUCACCAUUGCUUAGGCCAAGUAGGUUUUUUCUCUCCUAUGAUUGUCUUGAUGGUUUGGGGUGGGGGAGGGAUUUUCCAACUUCAUUGGAAACCUUACAAGCAAUACUGGGUAGGUACAGUUAGUGAAGGCAGUCUGGUAAGUGCAUCUCAGAUGAAUUCUGGUUUCAGAGACUUUUCCAAAGGCUCUGUGACCUGUGUGGAUGACUUUUACAUUAACUUGUGUCAUUAGCUUGCUGGUGUUGGCCUCAAAGUGUCUGUGAAUCAUGAAUUCUUCACUCUAUCAUGACAGGCUUAGGAGCUUGAGGAAAAUUUUAAAUAUUUCCCACACAUGGUCUUUUCUCUAUGCAAUUUUCUCUGUGCCAAAACUCUUCCUGGGUCUUAUGGAUAUACAGUUAGAAAAUGACCAUGGAACUUUGCUACAAUAUAGGAUUAUGGAUGGAAGACUUUUAUAUGGACAAAGAUGGAAGGAUCCAUUAUUCUAACAAUGGAAUAGCUGUUAAAACUAAUUAUAACAUUUUGAUUUGAGGAUAGAAGGUAAUGUUUCUGUACAGAAAGUGGCUUUCUAGGAGUUUUAUUGGAGUGGGUAAAGUGAAUAUUGUUUAUUUAUCGUGAACAGAGGAAGAACCAGAAGUCAGUUCCAUUCUAAAUUUUAUUACUCUCUCUCGUUUAACAACUUUUCUAUUUAUUUUUCUUUGUUUCUCUCUUUCUCUUUCUUUAUCCAUUUCUUACUCCCACAUCUCUUUAUGUUUUUAUUGUAUUCAGAUCAAAGUCUUAGUUUGGACAAAAAAAGAGAGGGAAGAUAUUUGAUAUUAAGUUUUGUAUUUUUAUCUAUAAACCCUCAUAAAGUUUAUUUAAAAACCCCUCUCCAAAAAAAUAAGAUAAUUUCCUGUUGAUAGGUGGUGCCUAUUUCUGUGUGCAAUGACUACUGUCACCCCGGUAAUCGGAAGAAAAGGAAGGAAGGGCAGAAAUUUUGCUGCUACGAUUGUGUUCCAUGUCCAGAUGGGAAGAUUUCAAACCAGAAUGGUA